CUGUCAGGGAGCAAAGAACGGCUUGUGGGAUAAGCAGAAAGCCGUUCCCCCCUCAGAGUGGAGCUGCCACACUGCCUAGGCGUCUCAAGCGGAUGGUUUGGGUCGGGUACCACCAGGAACUUCCACCACCCACAUGGACUUCUACAGAGAGCUGGUGGUAGCCUGGGCUAUUGGCCUCCUAUCAGGUAAGGCAGGCUCUGUGUGGUGCUGAAUCUCAUAGAGGAGCAUAGCAGUGCACCGUGGCGGGUGAGAAACGCAAUUCAGGAGAAAGAAAGUGCUUAGGUCAGCAAGAAGACGCAGCUGCCAAAUUUUCAUUAUUAUUAUUAUUAUUUAUGCAGCAACUGAGAGAUUUGCCUCCAAAGCAUGUAAUGAUGGAGCGGUCCGUGUCUCCUCCACUUUUAAAAUGCAAAGGGUAUAAAUUCUUGCAAAGUUUCAGAGGGAGGAAGUCGAGAAGUUCUUUGCAUCUCAAGUACAUUAAGCUUUUGGCACCUAGACCCAGUUUCGAAUGUUUCAAUCUGCUUCCUUUUUAAGCUCCCCCCCCCCGCCCCAGCAGCAAAAUGAAGUAAGUUUGUUUUGCUUUUUCAACUUUCAGAGAGUCUUUCUUUGCUGAAAACUUUUGCAGUCCAGUUAACGACUUGAUGGUACCCGUUAUUAUGUUUAGGUGCUCAGUCCUUUUAUUUGUUUUAGGAGAUGUAGCCUGGCCCCCACAUAUGGUCUGAUGCGUGGCUGCUGGCGUGCGUGUUGAGUUACAGCAGAGAAGGGAGAGGGUGAAAUUUUGCCUUUUUGCUGGCUGCAUUCCUGCAAACUUAAAAACUCUGUUAUGUAUGGAGGGGGCUGAGCUGAUGGAAGGGGAGACGUGUUUGCUUCAGUUAUGUUUGACAUCGUUCUGUGCCCAGUUCCAACUCAGAAGCAAAGGGAGGGGACGGAGGGAGGGUGCUCUGCUGUGAGAUUUUCAAACAAAAGAGAAACUUUUCCGGCUUGUGAGUGAAACCGUGGCUCUGGAACAACCCUGGGGCUUUAGGAGGGGUUCCAGUCCAUUACUAUUUCUGGGAAUGUUUCAAAUGUAAAUAUGUACCUUUCUCCCAAAUUGAACAAAACUGGCAAGACCCGAAGGCAGCCACAGCAAGACGAAGUGUGGCUGAUGGAGAGAGCUGGUAUUGCGCUUUUCCACGUGGACACGUUGCUGUGUUGUGCCUGCCGCAACCCAGCUGCACGCAGCAACGGGCUAGCCUUUUUCUUCCAGGGGUGGCACUUGAUUCGGUCAUGACUCUCGCUGUGCUCUUUGGAGAGGUUGCCCUGCGCAUUACACCCCAGCGGCAGGCAACAAUACUAACUAGACAGGAAAGUAGAUGUUUUGUGUUUUCCUCCUGCAUUUAAAGGGAAUCAGCUGUAAGGCUGCAAGUUGGUUCCUUGCUAUUAAUGUUGCAGUACCAUGGAACUCGUUCCCACAGGAGGCAACCUAGGUAAAAUAAAGGGACCCCUGACCAUUAGGUCCAGUCGUGGCUGACUCUGGGGUUGCGGCACUCAUCUCGCUUUAUUGGCCGAGGGAGCCGGUGUACAGCUUCAGGGUCAUGUGGCCAGCAUGACUAAGCCGCAUCUGGCGAACCAGAGCAGCGCACAGAAACGCCGUUUACCUUCCCGCCAAAGCGGUACCUAUUUAUCUACUUGCACUCUGAUGUGCUUUCGAACUGCUAGGUUGGCAGGAGCAGGGACCAAAAAACGGGAGCUCACCCCAUCAUGGGUAUUUGAACCACCGAUCUUCCAAUCGGCAAGUCCUAGGCUCUGUGGUUUAACCCUUGUGCCCACCAACCUAGAUGGCUUUAAAAGAGGAUUGGACAAAUUCAUAGAGGAAAGGGCUGUCAGUGGCUACAAGCCAUGAUGGCCAUUCUCUUCCUUCACAUUCAGAGGCAGCAAUGCUUCUGAAUACCAGUUGCAAGCAACUACAGGAGGGGGGAGGGCUCUUGUGCUCAGGACCUGCUUACAGGUUUCCCAGCAAGCUCUCCUUCUAUUCUUAUGGAAGCCUAGGAAAAAGUUGAAUCUGAAGGAUAGGUGGAGAUUUGCCUGGGACUGGAUCAAACUGCAUGGGGUACUGUCCUACCAGUAGGCUGGGAGUGGUCCCUUUCGAUUCCACACUUCCGUUGUUAUCGGAACCACCUGUCAGGAGCUGUUGCCACUGCCCCAAGUGGUGAAGUGCCAAACUGCAGCCUUUUCAGAGAAGAACCUUCUGGGUUUUGGUCUGGCUCUGCCCAUCAGACUAGCUAUUGGUUCCUCUGGGGCAGGAAGGAGUGUAUACUUCCUGUCUCCGCGGUGCCCAUCUUGAGAGCUUGGUCAGCCUGUCCUAUGGUGUAUGUCUGGUUUGGGGCUUUGGUCUUGACUCCAGGGAUAUCUUCUGGUUCUGCCUUCUGAUCCCAAUUGGUCUUUGGUCCUGCCUUUUGCUUCUGCUCUCACUCAACACUGCUGCCCAGGAUAAUUUGUGUCCAAAUGUUCCUAGCUGGAGACAUUUCGUUCCUGCAGUUACAGUGGUACCUCGGGUUACAUAUGCUUCAGGUUACAGACUCUGCUAACCCAGAAAUAUUACCUUGGGUUAAGAACUUUGCUUCAGGAUGAGAACAGAAAUCAUACUCCGGCGGCAGCAGGAGGCUCCAUUAGCUAAAGUGGUGCUUCAGGUUAAGAACAGUUUCAGGUUAAGAAUGGACCUCCAGAAUGAAGUAAGUUCUUAACCCGAGGUACUACUGUACUUAGGUCAGUCUUUGGCCACCUGGGGGCAUAGUUCCAGAAUGCCAUGCUAAUUUAGGACAGGUAUAGACUCCAAAUCCAUCCAACCCCAUCCUGCAUGGCCAAUGAGCAGGGAUGAAGGCAGCUAUAGUCCAGCAAUGUAUAUUGUUCUUGUCACAGUGGUGCUCAGUGGCUACAGUCCAGCAAUGGUAGCUAUUAGCCAUGAUGGCUACGCUCUGCCUCUACAUUCAAAGACAGCAAUGCUUCUGAAUACCAGUUGCUGGAAACUGCAGACAGGGAGAGUGCUCUUGUGGUUGGGUCCUGCUAGUGAGUUUCCCAUUGGUCCAGUGGGUUGGCCACUGUGAGAAUAGGAUGCUGGACAAGAUGGGCCAUUGGCCUGAUCCAUCAGGCUCUUCUUAGGUUGCUCCUGCUGAUUAUUUGCAUGGUGCCAACAGUGUGCUCGGUGAUUUACAGAGAGCAAGAGGUCAGGUCCCUGCCCCACAGGAGCUUGCCCUCCAGAGUUGGGCAUGGGAGAAAGAACUGAGGAAAGGGAAGGAAAUGAAGCCCACAGCUAUACAGAGAAACGCAAUGUGGCUGUUUCAGUUCCACAUUCUUUAAUUUAGUUAUAAGCUUAGUUGCAACCAGGCCUGGGACCUCUGGGGUUGUGCCAAAGGCUUAAUGGAAAAGGUGGUUUUGUGGAGGGAUGUGGAGGAAGUAAGAGAGGUUUCAUCCCAGCCUGGGCUGAAAUAUCUCAGGAAAGUGUUUCUCUUAGCAAUGCUUGAAUAUGUUCUUUCGGGGGGAUCUCUCCAAACUGUUGGAGAAUUUCAGGAAUCCCAGAGAAUAUUCUGUAAAACACCACCACCACCCAUGUAAAACACCACCACCACCCACCUCAGCUAUGGCUCCUGUAGUCCUUGUCUCUUAGCCCAUGGCUUCUUGCAUCUGCGAGCAUAAACUACCAACAGAAUUUCAUUCAGUAUUGGAAGAUACUUUUUUUGAGAAUUUAUCAUUUUUCUGUUAUUCCAAAACCAUUUGAUAGUUUUGCCUCCCUCCAGAGCAAAUUCAAUGGACCCACCCCACAUGCAUACAAUUUUACUGCCCUGAAAAAUGGAUGGAUGGGUGGUUUUUUGGGGAAUCUACUGUUGUUGCAUAAACACAGAUAAAAGGAAGUCCUUCUUCACCCAGUGCAUAGUUAAACUACAGAACUCCCUCCCACAGGAGGCAGUGAUGGCCACCAACUUAGAUGGCUUUGAAAGAGGAUGAGACAGAUUCAUAGAGGAAGAUAAGGUUGUCAGUGGAUACUAGUAGUUGGAGGCAGUAAUGCUUCAGAAUACCAGUUAUUCUGGAAAGCAACAGAAGGGAGUAUAAAUCAUAGAAUAGUAGAGUUGGAAGGGACCCUGAGGAUCAUCUAGUCCAACCCCCUGCAAUGCAGGACUAUGCAGCUGUCCCAUAUGGGGUUCGAACCUGCAACCUUUAUUAUUAUUAUUAUUUAUUUAAUCAUUUUUUUCAAUACAAACAGCAACCACAAAAAAACACAUACAACAAAAACCACAAUAACACUAAUAACACAAUUUAACUAUUCAGAUUUGAGCACUGAUAUACCUAUAGCUACACCUUUUUAACAAUAUUUCGCCACCUCUCCUCCCCCUACUUCCCACCACUUUCCGCCUUAUCUCUUAAGUAUUCCUUCCAGAUUUCUUCAUAUUUAUCCAUUCUUAAAUUGCGUCGAUAUGCAAUUCGUACCUAUGUAACUAGUCUGUCCAUAUUGUCAAUCCAUGUGCUCAAUGGGAUCUUUUUGCGGCUCUUCCAAUUCAUUAAAACAAGUUUUUUUUGCCUCUAAUAUGGCACGGUACAUCCGUUUUCUUUUACCACUUGUAAUCUCCCACGUUUCUGGUAUAUAAUUUAGAAUUAAAUUCAAAUCACCUAAAUAACAAUUUAUUUUUAUUACUCUUGCUAUAUAUAUCCUCACCUCGCACCAAAAUGAUUGAACCUGCAACCUUGGCAUUAUCAGCGCCACGCUGUAACCAGCUGAGCUAUCCAGGCUCACGUGUGCUGUGAAUUGUUACUACUUUGAAUUUUUUUGUGCUAUUAUCGUCCUUAGUUGGUCAUGCAAACUGUGAUUCUGAAUAGUGCUUUUUAAUAGGGUAGGGGAUGAGUUUUUGGAACCAAGGGGGCAGUAGCCCCCCAAAAAUUUUGCAACCACUGGCAUGAAAGAUACUCUUGGGCCCUUUAGUUAUACUCCAAGGAAGUGCCAAUUUUGAGGAGCAUUUUGCCCUCUGGGGUGGCACUUCUCUGCUUCUCUGCUGUCACAGCCUGGCUUUUAAAAAAACUUUGUUUUUAAACUGUGGUACCAAUACUUUUUUCCUCCCUGGUUGACUAGCUGGAUGAAUAAGUGUUAACCAGGCAGGCAAGGUGGGGAGGGAAAGUCUCACUGCCCACAGAUGCAGCACCACCUAGCUGUGUCAAUGGUCCAACUACUGGCCAUUUUAAUUUAAACAGUGAGACCAGCAAUCAGGCCCCAUCUCUGGGGUUGUGGGGCCAAUGAGGAUUCUGGAGGACUGAAGGGGUGGGCCAAUCCCCCUCAACCCGCCCUCUUGCUACUCUUAUUGACCCCACGACCCCAGAGGAGGUAACUGAUAGCAUGAGCUGGCUGUCACUCUUGCCCUGGCAUCAGAAAUGUUUUAAAUUAAAAAUGGUGGGCCGCUGGAGGCUUCCUGUCAUGGCCUGCUGGGGCACCAGCUGUUCUGAUGUGAGCACUGACCUCAGUAGAGGCAGGUUGGGGCAAAGGUACCCUGGACAGCUCCGUGCAGGGCUCAAGAUGAAUAUUGCCUGGGAGCAAGGCUCAGGUGUUGCUUCAGCAGCAGGCAGGCUGAACCUUACAUAGGUGCUGCAGCUCUGUCCCAGUAGCUAGACUAGAGCAACCAUCGCUGAGUGGUUCUGCCCCAGCCUUUUCCAGCAGAUCUCCAAGCAGGGCUGGGAAGGAUGCUCCCUUUGAAACUCUGGAGAGCAAUGGCCAACCAGUGCAGACAAUGGAUGGGCCAAUAUUCUGGCUGCAGCUCCCUGUGUUCAUGUGUGUUAAGGGAAACGUGGUAGCUCAGUAGAAGAGCAUCUCUUUUGCAUGCAGCUAGUCCUAUGUUCAAAUCCCAGCAUCUCCAGGUAAGGCUGGAGCCACAGCCAAUCAGUGUAGACAAUCCUCAGCAAUAUGGACCAAUGACCUGCUAGAAGGCAGCUUUCUAUGUUCCACACCUAAUUCUCUGCCCAGAGAAAGAUACCUGCAAAAUUCUGUGGCCCCAGUUAUACCCUACCAGAGACCCUAAUAUUGCAACCUUAUUGCUGGUAAGAUUGACCUUUAUUAUAUGUAGACAGGCUAAUUUAACCAUUUGAAUUAAUGUCAGUAUUUAAUAUUUCUCUCUGUUUUCUAAAGAGUUUUCUUCUGGUGAUAAUAUUUAAUGUAUUUCCUAUCUGAUUAAUGAUAUUUACCAUGUAUGUUAAAACUUAAUAACAACAACAACCACCACAACAACAACAACCUUUAGAUCCCCAGUAGUCACACAUAUUAGCUUUACUAUUCCAAGACUGUACAGAAACAACCCCAAUUCAGGGCUAGACAUUGACGUUUAUUAUAAACAAAUCAGACCAAUAUGUCAGCAUAAAUUAAUCCCUACAGAAUUUCCACUGGCUUGCUCGGCCCAAUUUGAACUUUUAAAACUGCUGAUGUACGAAUUCAUUGUCCAUAAUUGUGCAUGUCACUUUCUACAAUUUAUGUGGUUCCUCAGUAGCGGGAUAGAUCUCCUCUUCUUAAAGGAGUUGCUAUAGUGACUUGUUAAUAAAUACUUAAGUUCCAACCAUUACGUAGAUGCUAGGAAGGAAACGUUCUCUUUUUCAUAAGCAUACUUGCUCGCUCUGUUAAUUCUAGGCACUCCCCACAGAACCGUCCAGAAUUUAACAAGGAAAAAAAGAAAAGGAAAAGGGAGCUCUAAAAAAAAUGGGAACAGAGAGAGGUGGGCAGAGUAACCCAAAGUUACGCAGUAUUUUUAGCUUCACAUAUGGAAGUGAGUGGGUUGAAAUCCUGAUGAUCGCAAGCCAUAAAUUUCAAGUCUGAAUGGCAUGUUUUGGGUAAAUGUACAUCCUUAAGAUUCCUGUAAAUGUGUGAUUCAUUCUGGAGAGUGAAACACAGGAAGCUGCCUUAUGCUGAGUCAGACCCAUUGGUCCAUCUAUCCCAGUAUUGUCUACACUGACCGGCAGCAGCUCUGGGGUUUCAAGCAGGGAAUCUUUCACAGCCCUACCCUGGAGAUGCUCGUGGGAUUGAAGCUGGGACCUUCUGCAUUUAUGGGAGAUGCUUUCUACCACUGGAGGACCAGGCACCCUAUUGAGUGCCAAAAGAAGUGGGGAUUCUGGCUGGGAGGGUGGCUGCAUUGCGGCAGCUUGCCAGGAGAGGGCGACAGUCUAUUCUCGGCUGUAUUUGAGUGCCACCAUCAGUGCUGCAGAUGGAAGGCAGCACUGCAGCAGCCAGCUUAUCAGCAGUCAGGUGACACAAAGGGCCAAUAGGAUUCCACCUGGCCCUAUAAAACCUCAGUCUUAGGGAUGGCUCCUUGCCAUUUGCUCCUUGCUGCCUGCCCUGAGCUUGAUUUGCCUCACCUCCAGGCGCCCAGCCCUUCUGUGACGUAUCAACUGGCCACCAGCAAUUACUCCUUCUUACAAGGCAUUAUAUCCCACUAUUUCCUCCAAGGAGCUCAAGGUGGCAUACGUGGUUCUUCCCCUCCUGAAUUGAUCUACACAACAACCCUGUGCAGUAGGCUGGGCUGAGAGGCAGUGACUGGCCCAAGGUCAUGCAGUGAGCUUCUUCAUGGCUGCAUGUGGGAUUCGAACUCUGGUGUCUCCCAGUUCCUAGUCUGACAUUCUAACUAAGUCACACUGACUCCCUUCGCACCUUUGGCCUUUCCCUUGAAGGCAGGAUGAUGCCUUGGUUUGUUGGAGCCAUCCUCCUAUCAUCCAGAGGAAGGGAGUAAGGGUGUGAGCAGGCAGAGGAGGUGUUGCUCCUUCUCACCAUCACUUUGGAAGGGAGAGGGAGUGCAUCCAGAAGGUGUUGUCAGGAGCCCUGCCCCCCAAAACCCUGGAACCAGCCCUGAUUCCUGGUGUGGGUUAUAAGUUCUCUCAUGGCCAAAGAUAAAGCACAGCCAUUGUCAUGUGGACAAUUCAAAGCCGUCCUCCUUGUCACACACCAACCCCACUCUUUUAAAAGCAAAAGCAUUUGUCUCUUUGGCAUGAAGAAUUUGCACAUCGGCACAUUUAAUGGUUUUAACAAAAGUUGCUCUGGAUGGAGAACCAGAAAUUGAGAACCUCCCCAAGGAAGAACCACAUGAGUGUUGGAUGGCUAUACAAAACGUGAACUGGAUGGAUUGCAAAAGCAAAAAAUCAUGGAGGGGGGUAGAUCUAUCCAUGGCUACUAACCUCAGUGGUUUUGUACUGCCUUCGGAGUUGCAGGCAGUAUAACUCUGGAAUGCUUGCUGCUGGAAUUUGCAAGGGCAGAGAGUGCUGUUGCACCCGUGCCCUGUUUUGGGGGCUUCCCAUUGGGGCAUCUGGUUGGCCACUGUGAGAACAGGGCAGGCACCCUUUGGCCUGAUCCAGCAGGGCUCAGCUUGCAUUCUUUUGUGCUCUGAUGAAGUUCAGGCCUGGGGGUUCCCCCUCUCUAUUGCCCCUUGCAACUCUCCAUAAAUACUCCAAAAUGAAUACUUGAAGGAAAGGUUAAUCCUAGGUGCUCAGAAGCUGCUUUGCAUGGACUGUUGGUCCAGUCUAGCUCAGUAUUGUCCGCAUAGAUUGACAGUGGCUCACCAGGGUUUCGGGCAGUGAAUCUUUCUCUGAAGAUGCUGCUGGAGAUUGAACCUGUGACCUUCUGCGUGCAAAUCAGGUGCUCUCCCAUUGAGCCAUAGUCCUUCGUCUGGAGGGGGCAGGCAACUGGCCACCUGAAGUGGGUAGGAGGGUCACCUUGCAAGAAAGAGGGUGGUUUCCUUGCCUUAUUGCCAGGUAAAGGUAAAGGUAAAGGGACCCCUGACCGUUAGGUCCAGUCGUGGCCGACUCUGGGGUUGUGGCACUCAUCUCGCUUUAUUGGCCGAGAGAGCCGGCGUACAGCUUCCGGGUCAUGUGGCCAGCAUGACUAAGCCACUUCUGGCGAACCAGAGCAGCACACGGAAACGCCGUUUACCUUCCCGCCGGAGCGGUACCUAUUUAUCUACUUGCACUUUGUGCUUUUGAACUGCUAGGUUGGCAGGAGCAGGGACCGAACAACGGGAGCUCACCCUGUCGCGGGGAUUCGAACCACCGACCUUUCGAACAGCAAGCCCUAGGCUCUGUGGUUUAACCCACAGUGCCACUCGCAUCCCUUAUUGCCAGGUAUCCCCAGCCAAAAUAUGCUAUGAGGGUUUUCCGAAAGUCUGAGUGAGGAAAAACACCCAUCAAUCCUCAUGUCCAAAUGAUGGCUGUGAAUUCAACUUGAGUUUUAUCCCUUCUCUUCUCUGGGCCAAGUCCUUUCUGUUUUGACAAAGACCAGACGUUGCCUUGGUCUCUCUUAUAUUUCCACUAUAUUAUAAGACAGCAAUUAGAUAUGGCAACAAACAUUCUUUUGAAUCUCUUCAUUCUUUGCUGGCUGCUCAAGGAUCAUUCCAGGGGGCAGUGGAGAAGAAGAAAGGGCAAUAUUUCUGGUUUCUGCUAAAUCAUACUGUUAUAUGUCACCCCAAUCUCUGAGCGAUGAGAUAAUCCAGGGGUCCCAGACGCUUGCCCAUGUUCAGAUUCCUUGGAAUGUGAAGGUUAGUGGAGACUGUGGUGUCUUUAGGAUAUAUGAUUUUAUUUACAUAUAUAUACACAACCUGAGCAUAUUGGGACGCGGGUGGCACUGUGGGUUAAACCACAGAGCCUAGGACUUGCCGAUCAUAAGGUCGGCAGUUCGAAUCCCCGUGACAGGGUGAGCUCCCAUUGCUCGGUCCCUGCUCCUGCCCACCUAGCAGUUUGAAAGCACGUCAAAGUGCAAGUAGAUAAAUAGGGACCGCUCCGGCGGGAAGGUAAACGCCGUUUCCGUGCGCUGCUCUGGAUUGCCAGAAGCGGUUUAGACAUGCUGGCCACAUGACCCGGAAGCUGUAUGCCGGUUCCCUCAGCCAAUAAAGCGAGAUGAGCGCCGCAACCCCAGAGUUGGUCACGACUGGCCCUAAUGGUCAGGGGUCCCAUUACCUUUACCUUUUUUACAACCUGAGCAUAGGAUGGAGAGGCUCACAGCAUUAACACCCAACAAAUCUUGCUUCUCCGUUUGUCACAGCUUUGGAUCCAGCACAAAGCAAGCAUGCCUCUCUGUCUCCUGCUUUCAGCUCAGCUCACACAUAACUCUCUGACUCUUGUUCUCCUACCUAGCAAGGGUGGAAGGGUGGAAGAAAUGCCCACCCUUUAGCCUGGAGGGCACCAUCCCUUAGUUGUAGCUCUUGCAACCUAGCUCAUUCUUUUGGGAUGCUGAUGAGGACACUUAAGUGGCCAGUUCAGGGCAAACUUGUCCUACUAGUUCAGCAAUAGAAUCCUCUAUUAAAUUCUAACCCACAGUGAGUUCCUGAUCUCAACAAUUGGAAGGGGUGCAGGGCAUCAUUCCGACUGACCUCCCCCCCUCCAAGCCCCCAACAAUACAAAAGCUGGAAUGGUGAAGUGGGGAGCAGUGUGAGUCGAAGGGGCAGAGCUUAGUGACAGAACAUCUGCUUUGCAUGCAGAUGGUCCCAAGUUCAAAUCCCUGAUGGCAUCUCUUUGGGGAGUUGGGCCUGGGAAUGUCCCUUGCCUGAAGCACUGGGGAGCUGCUGCCAAUCAAUGUAGAAAGUACUGAUCUUGAUGGACCAAUUGCCUGAGGGUGAAGCAGAACAAUCAAGUACCUUGUGAUCCUCGACAACUUCACUCCUGUCCCUUUUAGAUUUAUCCUAGUAUUUUGAAAUGUUUUAACUCGUAAUGCCAAUAAAGGUAUUUGUAUUUGGCCAAUUGUCUGACCUGGCAUAAGUCAUCUUUCUUUAUUCCUAUGUGAGUCAAGCAGGUCAAACCUCACCAGGGCUUCAGCUCCAAGAAGUUUUGAAGCAUGUGUGAUGAUGAUGAGAAUACUUGACUAUCUUAAAGCAUUCUUGUAAUGAUUACUGAGCUAUGUCUGAGGCACUUUGACUAUUCAGUAGCGGCACAUAACUAUUAUGGUUGUUCAAAUAAAUUUGAGCAAGAAACUUGUGCAACCUUAGGGCACAAUGACACUGGUCUUUUCCAUGGGGUGUGGUGUGGGGAGGUGAAGGCAGCUAGGGGGUGUUUUCAGCAAAAAAACAACAUGAGGGUUAAGAAGACCUUUUCCUCCAUCUACUUUCCACUUUUAGUACCCUCUGAGGCUGCAUUUUUGUUAACAAAAAGAGUUGCCACACAGUGUAUAUUGUGGAACAGCUUUCACCAACUGGGUGCCCUCGAUAUAUUUUGGAUUACAAGUCCUAUCAGUCCCACCCAGCACAGCUAGAGGCUGUUUUAAUUCUUUUGAUUGUGCAUUCAUGAUGAUUUGUGCUCAUGUUGUUAUCAGGAGGGGUCAUACACUCUCCCAUUUUCAAUACUGCGUAUGCCGCAAAUGUUUUGGAGUGAACACACUGCCACAUUUCCAUCUGGCUUGUGUUCUGUAGCUUCCUGCUGAAAUUCUGUCACUUUUUAUAGCACAACUAUUUGGGGUUUGCAAUUUUUGUUUUGUUGCACUGUAGUGCAAGAAUCCACCCCCCACCCACCCCGCAGAUAGUAGUGUGGUAACAUUGGGGAAGCAUCGCCAGACAACUAAUAAAGCAGAAUGGUGUGUGGAUGGUCCAGUAUAAAUCCAUCACUAAUGCAAAAUCACUGUAUCAGUAACAUAGAAUCAGAGAACUGUAGAGUUGGAAGGGCCCAAGUAUCGUCUAGUCAAACCCCAUUAAAUACAGGAAUAACAACUAAAUCCCUGACAGAUGCCCACCAAACCUCUGCUGGAAACCCUCCAAUGAAGGAAAGUCCACCUGCUUCUGAGGUUGUCAAUUCCACUGUUGAGCAGCUCUUACAAUCAGAAAGCUCUUCCUAAUGUUGAGUCAGAAUCUCCUUUCUUGUCAGUUGAGUCCAUUGGUUUGGGUUCUACUCUCUGGAGCAGUACAAAAAACCAAGCUGGCUCCAUCUUCCAUGGGACAGCCUUUUGGAUUUUUGAAGAUGGCUAUCAUAUCCCCUCUGUCUUCUCUUCUCCGGACUAAACAUCCCCAACUCCUUCAACCAUUCCUCAUAAGGCUUGGUUUCCAUACCCUUGGUCAUCUUGGCCACCUUCCUCAGCAUCUCCUUUUGCAGAAGAUACCUGCAAAAUAAAAAGCAAAAAACCCCACCAGUCUUCACACAAGCCCUGAGUGGGUCUCAUGAGAGGCUGAAAGCUUCCAGAGUCUCUAUUCUGCCCCCCACCCCCACCCCCAACUACUUAUAAAAGGGAAUCAUGGAAAGGAGAAAACUGGAGAAGGCAGAGGCUGCCUCUUGAGGAAGGAGAAAAGAACUCUGGGGCAGGGAGUGGUGUGCUGGGUCAUCUGUUUUCUUUGCCCAUGAUAGUUUGAUGGGGAGAUAGAGGGACCGCAAAAGCAGGAGGAGGAAAACUUGGGUUCCUGAAGGAAGGAAAGAGCAGCUGCUUUAAGCUGCAAGGGGUGUGGUGCAGGGACUUGUGACAUCAGGAUAGAAGUAUUUUAAAUCUAUAUGUAUAUAAAAUAAAUCUGAUGUAAGCUCUCUAUUUUGACACGUUGAAAUAGAUGCUAGCUGUUGCUGUGUGGAUCAAGGAGUGCCAAUCGCAUGUCAAAAGGCCUCCCUUCUUGCCAGCUCAACAUUCUUCCCAUUCAGAAACCAAGCACCCUUAUCAUUAAAUAAUGUUAAUAUUGUCUCAUCGACAUAAUAAUAAUGGUAAGAGGUAAACACCAGAUUUUUGAGAUUCUCAGAAGACAAUCCAGGCUCUGCUCUGGGCAGGAAAAAAAUAAUAAAUUUUGUUGAUGAAAUGAAAAAGAACUUUAUCUUCUGUCACAUGAAAAUUCCACCCUGGAUUUAUAGCAAGAAACUUAGCCCAAAAAUAUGAUCACGGUCCUUCUGUUCCAAACUGCAAGAGUUAUUCUUUUAUUUAUCACCACUGUCCAGAAAUACGAUAUGUGCAGAAAGGGAGAAAUGGCAGAAACUCCAUUCAGAAGAUAAACACAGCCAGGUAGCCCUUGUCUCUUCCCCUACUUAAUCCUCUUGCUAAGUGGCUUGGCCCAGAUAAAGACUUGAUUCCUGCUCCAAGUCCAGGCACUGAGAAAGAAAAGCAAGGUCUCUCCAGUUCCUUUGGAACCCACUUCUGUUUAUACUGCAUUGCAGCCUUAAUUGAUGUAACUGAUGAAACAAUGAAACAUUUCAGCCUUAAUUAUUACAUUGACAUUUUCCAGCAUAGAAACUUAACUUUUAAAAAACAAUGAAUUUUAAAAUUGCAAUUCGGGGAGAGGAGUAUUAAAUUCACACUUGCAGCCUUAAAAAAAAUAAUUUUAUUUAUUUUGUGAAUGUAAAAUGGGCAUUGUGUUCCCUUUGCGGCACAACUUAAUUCUGUUCAUGUUUGUUUGUCUCAGGAUUCUGUGAUGCCUUCAACAUUGACACGAAGAGGCCACGAAUUAUUCCAGGCUCUAAAGAAGCAUAUUUUGGCUAUACAGUUCAACAGCAUGAAAUCAAUGGGAAGAAAUGGUAAAUGAAUACCACAUUGUGCCUAAACUGGAUGCUUAUGCUGUGAUGUUUCUUCCUGUGCUUUUGGCAAGGCAUUUGUCUUUUAUUAUGUCUCUAAUACUGUCCUUAAUCAAAUGCUGGUAAAUUGAAUUUCCUUUUUACCUGCUCACACAUAACAUGAAACCAUGGUGAGACCCUACCUUGAAAAACCUCCAUGAGCCCCAGCAAAGUGUCAGGAUCAUGCACCCUUCUAACUCGUUUCCUCCCUUGCAGGUGGGGGAAGGAUUUCCAAUUUUGCUUUCACGGAAUCUUGGCUUAGUGCUACAUGCAGCUCAGGUGAUGUGUUGUACAAUAAAUGAGGGUUAGUUGCUAAGCGAGUGAACUUCAAACUAGGUUAUGAAGCUGGCUUCCUAACUAACCAUGGUUUCUUGUACGCCAUGGUUUAUAUGUAAUGUUAAAGCCAGAAUUCUUUGAAAGAGAAACAAAACCUUGCAGAAAUCUUCCUGCUGGCCAUGCAGGAGGGGAGAAGAGACCACAUGAGCUUGGCAUUUUGCCUGAACCCAGAAAAGUUCGCUCACAUAGCAGGAAACCAAGGUGAAUGUAGGCAUUGUUGUUGUUGUUGUUGUUGUUGUUGUUUUUAAUUCAACUUACACACCGCCCUAUACCCGGCGGUCUCAGGGCGUUUCACUACAAGACCACAACAUAUAAAAUCAAACCCAAAGCAGUAACCCAAUAACACCCCCCAAAAAGCCAUAUUCUAAAAGGGUGUUGGAUUAAAAUGGAAGGCCUGGUUAAAAAGGAAUGUUUUUGCCUGGAGCCUAAAGGUGUAUAAUGAAGGUGCCAGGCAAACUUCCCAGGGGAGAGCAUUCCACAGAUGGGGAGCCACUGCAGACAAGGCCCGUUCUCAUGUUACCACCCUCCAGACCUCUUGAGGAGGAGACACACGUAGGAGGACCUCAGAAGAUGAUCUCAGGGAUCGGGUAGGUUCACAUAGGAAGAGGCAGUCCUUGAGGUAGGUGUAGUGGACACCUGAAAUAUCAAUGCUAAGUGUUGUUUGUCCAGAUGGAAUCAUGUAUGGCUUUAACUAAAGAUAAAAAGGGAAGAAGCUAGUUCAGUUCAUGAACAGCAAAACCUGGGCUUCCUUUUCAAGGAAGAGUGGAACAGCACAGGACGAAGGGUCCCAUGUUCCUGGUUUGAGGUCUUUAGAGCACAGACUGAACAUUGGGAAGCAAAGAGGGGGAAAGAUCAUUGUAUUGGAUAGGUCUUUGUGCAGCUGCCUGUUUUGCGACUUUGACCAGUGAUGCAGAUCUGAGCAUCUUUCCAGGCAGCCCUUUAGACUAUCGGGGUAGCAUUGUGGUCAGUGAAGGCAUUGUUUUGCUUGUGAUGAUCAGAUGAACACAACAGGAGUUCCCCCAAAAUGUCGUCAGCAUAUACUUGCUUUCCCCACCACUCUUUCCUUCCAAUCUCGUCAUGUUUAUUAGAUGCCUCACCAGUUCUCAGUGAGAAAUUCAGUCUGUGUGUGAUUUAAAAAGAAAGAAAAAAGCAAAGGUAACUGUUCUGGCCUAUAAGAACAUCUACCUUGGGGCAAUCCAUUUCUUAGGCAAACCAAAAUGUCACUAAAUAGUGUGCUGGCUUUUGAGUUCCACAGAACAAUUCAUCAGUCUAAGUGGUAAACAAUGUGGGUGGGUGGAGGAACAAUAGGCUGGUGGUAUAGCCCUUUGUGUUGGUGGUAUAGCCCGUUGUGUCUGCAUCUGGUCAGAGUCUGAAGAUGGAGAAUGAGAGGCCAAAGUCGAGACCAGGAGUAUCAGAAGUUGCCUUGUACCAGCUGGAAACCAUUGGUCCAUUGCCUACACUGACUUACAGCAGCUCUCCAGGGUUUCUUCCCCCAGGAAAUGCAUGGAUUAAAUCUAGGACCUUCUGCAUUCAAGACACAUGUUCUUCUACUCAGCUAUGGCAACAAUCUGGCUGAGGGCAGGACAUGUAGCACUGUCCUCGAACACCUCAUUGCCACCCUUCAGCAUCUUCCGUCUGAGGCCUCUGCCUCACUUUGCCUAAUGGUAGAACCGGCCCUGUUCAGAUAAGGUUUUGUUAGGGGCCUUGGAGGUUACCAGUUGCACCAAGGCAUAUUGGGAAGAAGGAACAUAUAAUGGCAGGUCCCCCAUCUCCUUGUGUGUGUUCCAUGGCAGCUGAACGUGUGAAUGGAUUCCCAGUAACAAACCUUCUCUUUGAGGUGGUGUGAAAGUUUUAUCUGUGAUGUUAGAUCUGUGGAGACGUUGCUAUCUUUGUAUAAUGGGUGUGUGUGUGAGAGAGAGAGAGCAAACUCUGAAAGCUCCUUCCCUUCUCCUCAAAUGCCUAAAAUGAACCCCGUGCAAUAAAAUAAGGAGCUAAGGAUUCUUGUUUUUACCCCAAAAGCAAAAAAAGGGGAAGAAGCCAUUGUAAACCCACCAUGACUCACAAAGUAUGAAUCACUAAACAAACAAGCCAUCUAUACUACAAAACCAACAGACGUAUGUUUCGCUACCAAAGGAUCCAGUAUCCCAGCGAUUGCGGUGCCACUGUCAGCCAGCUCUGCUAGAUGUAAAAUUGGCAGGAGGCAGACGCAGUGGAAAAGAGAGCAAAGCCGCAGCGUGAUGUUAAGAGGGAAACCAGAUGACCAUCCCUGAAAGGCAGCCUGCAAAGAUUCCAGAAUUCCAGCGAGAGGGAAAGUAAAGGCACCAUCACACAGCUGAAUGGCAAACGGAGAAAUUCUGGGCUGUGGAGGGAAGAUGGUUAUAAUAACAGCUCUUACAAAUCCUGGCAUCCGACCAAGUAUUUAAAGAGGAAUUUAAGCUCACUGAGCAUCUUGGAUUCUUUCUUUGGUGUCUUUCCCCCCAAAGAUACUUUUUUUAGAAAUUCCCUCAGAUAACUUAUGCGUGUCAUAUAAAUAAAAAUCUGCCGUCUUGGUUGUAUAGGAUGUGGAAUCCAUGAGAAAUCCCAAAGUGGUUCUGUAAAUGCUGUGAGCCUGAAGUUUGGGUCUCCUUUGGGUGUAAGCGUUGGCGGCCAGCAGGCUGAGACGGUGUUACUCACCUGGCUUCCCAAUACGGAAUACACCAAGUAGGGAAGGGACAAGGUGGCAGGGAGGUUGGCACAGUGGUAGAGCCCAUAUCACAGGGACCUCCCACUACCUUGCCUCCCCACAGCCCAGGAUGCUUUGCCACCAGCCAUCACUGCCUCUUCCUCCUCCUCCUCUUCUGCUGCUGCCACCAUGGCCUGAAGCGACUGGAGACAGCCCAGGGUAGUUCCAGUGCUGAAUGAGUCUGGAGAGAUGAGCAGGCGGCAGUGCAGGGGGAGGGGAAUGGCCCUCAUCCCCACCAAAGUUGUCCUUCAGAACAUCUGCAAGGGCUCUUGUACUGGUGGGUGGGUGAGUUCCGCACAACAGAGCAUCUCAGUGCGGCAGUUGUGCUGGUAGAAAUUCAAAAUGCGAUAGAUUAAGCCAUCUGUCGCUCAACAAAGUUACCAGCAGCCUCUUGUACAACAACAUUCUGUCAGCAGAACAAAUGGCUUUUUUCCCCCAGAUGGAAUUCACCGGAACUCAGUUCCAGCACUUGUCAGGUGGGUGCCAUGGUCAUUAUAAAAGAAUAAGGGAGGUGUUCAUGAUGAGUUCUGGCACCUCUUUUUCUAGAAAAAUAGAACUGGGAACAAGUAUGCAAGUGACUUUAACUUAGCACUCUGUUGGAUGGCUUGGGGGUGGGGUGCCCUCUUGCUUGUUCCACCUCCCUCAGAAAUUCAGGAUAGUGAUGACCUAGGAGAGGGCCUUCUCUGUGGCAGCCCCUUAGUUGUGGAACUCCCUCCCGACAGAGGUGUGUCUUGCUUCUUCACUUUUCAGCUUUUGGUGAAGGCUGAAGACACAACUCUCUCUCCUCUGGUUUUUGAUGCCUGAGAUCUGUGCUUUCAGGGCCCACCACAUUCCUGUGACUGUAAUCUGCUUUAACUCUUUUUCAGUUCUGAAUUUCAAAUUGUUGCAAUCCGCCCUGGGACUUGUUGGUGAAGGGCAGGUGAUACUACUUAUACUACUACAACUACAUUAGUAAUGCAACCCCUGGAGGGCACCAGAUUGAGGAAGGCUGAUUUAGAGGGAUUUUGAGAGCGGAAGAGAGGUGGCUGGUCUCUUUCUAUUGUGUCUGUGCAUGUAUAAAAGAUCUGAGCAGGGCUUUCGGGGGCAGACAGCCAAGAGUUACACAUUUGGAGGAGGGGGUUUCAAAUAUAACCAAGGUAGUGGAAAGUCUAAAAAGAAGGAAUCCAGAUUCCCAAAUUCCAAGGGAGGGGGUGGGAGACGUAAUUUGCACCGCUCCAAAAUCCAGCCAGCGCAUUAGAUCAUCUUCUCUCUUCAUUGUCUUUCCAGAUCGGCAAUUUGAGUUCAUUCCUUCCUCAUUAAGUGACCUUGGCUCUUCCCCACCCUUCAAAAUAAGCCUCCUUUUUCUUUCAAAAUGAGCCCAGCCACAGUCUGUUGGUAUUGAACCAGGUUGCAUUGGACAACGCCACUUGCUUUUUCUGUUGUUUUCAUGUUGUAGCUACUGAAGUGGUCUGAGACAUUUUUGAUAGGUGUGCUGUCCUUUGAAACUUGCGUAUGGAAUGCAGACCCCCACAUACGUGCUGGUAACAUAAGCGGCUCCCUUGGCAAGGGUCAAUGCAGGGGAUUCUGACACAAGCCUGGAUUGGUUGGAGUUGCCACUGGCAUACAGCACAGAGAUAAGAAAUCCAGAGUGAUAAUCCACUUGUAUGGAGGUGGAACUUUGUGACCCCUUAUGAUGUCCCUCUCUCCUUACGUGGGCAGAAGGGAGAGUUGCUCAUAUUUUAAAAAUGGAGAAAUCCAGGACUUUAGCAUGGCUGUGAGCAGGCAACAGCCUCUUGUGUCCUGCCCCUGAACAUAGGAAGCUGCCUUAUACUGCAUCAGACCCAGAGGUCCAUCUAGCUCAGUGUUGUUAACUUUUUAAAAACCUUUAUUAACAUUGUUAACAACCCCAAAGUGCAGUAACAGGGUAUUACAUCAUACCUUAUACAAAACCAACAAACAGUAACUAUUAAGAAAUAGAAAUGGUGACAUCCCUAUUUUCUGAGCUGGCGUGGAUGGUGAAUGCUGAGCAUCUAAGCCUGAAGCAUAGGAAAUAAAAUCCCACCACAUAACAUAAAAGCAGCCUGGAUCCACCAUCCCCCUGGAAACACAUAGUUCAUAUGUAUUUCUUUCUCUGCAAUAGCCAAAGUCCAUAAGUUCUUAUACCACAAAGACAGAUGUGGUUUUUCAAGGUUUUCCAUCGCUGGGCUACUGAAAUCCUAGUUGCAUCUCACUCACAUCCAUGUCCCAAGCUCUGCAGAGCAACAAGCUUUCAUGCUGUCCAACCACAUAUUCAGUAAUGUCAGUUGUGAGGAAGCCCAAACAAGUGAUUUAAAUAUUUUAGAGAUUUCUUUAUAUACUGGGGACCAAAACCCGAAGCCAUUUCCACUGAAGAUGUAAAGGUAAAGGGACCCCUGACCAUUAGGUCCAGUCUUGACUGACUCUGGGGUUGCGGCGCUCAUCUCUCUUUACUGGCCGAGGGAGCCGGUGUACAGCUUCCCGGUCAAGUGGCCAGCAUGACUAAGCUACUUCUGGCGAACCAGAGCAGUGAACGGAAACACUGUUUACCUUCCCACUGGAGCGGUACCUAUUUAUCUACUUGCACUUUGACGUGCUUUUGGACUGCUAGGUUGGCAGGAGCAGGGACCGAGCAACAGGAGCUCACCCCGUGGCGGGGAUUUGAACCGCCAACCUUCUGAUCAGCAAGUCCUAGGCUCUGUGGUUUAACCCAUAGCCCCACCCGCGUCCCAACUGAAGAUGUGUUCAUUCAUAAUUCCAUUUUAUCCAAAUUCUGUAUUAAUCUGAGGUAUGUUCAGGUGAUAUAAUAGUCAUCUUCAGAUCUCUGAGACACCAUCCCAUGAAAGAUGGAGAAAGCUAAUUUUCUGCUGCUCUGGAGGGUAGGACCCAAAUCAAUGGAUUCAAGUUACAAGAAAGGAAAUUCUGACUAAACAUCAGGAAGAACUUUCUGACAGUAAGAGCCAUUCAACAGUGGAACAGACUCUCUCGGAAGGUGGUGGACUCGCCUUGAUUGGAGGUUUUAAAACAGGGUUAGAUAGUCACCGGUCAGGGAAUCUAGCUAUGAUUCCUGCAUUACAGGGAGUUGGACUAGAUGACUCUUGGAGACCCUUCCAACUCUACAAUUCUAUGAUUCUGUGAUGCCAUAUAAUCAGAAAUAAGAUGGCAGAUUUAUUCAGACAGCUUUUUUGUCCUCAUUCUUGGGGUUUCCUAGUGUUGCAAGGCAGAAGACCUACUGAAGAUCUUUGGGGGGAAGGAGUGGGGCUGAGCAGCUGAAACUCACUCAGCCUACGAUGGAAGCAGGUCUCCUACCUACCCAAGCAUCCAUCUGGGUUACGAGGGUGGCUCUUGGUGGAUCACGGGCCCAAAACCAUUGGACUGAGUUCUAAGGAUCAGGCUUUCAGCUCUCAAAGGGCUCGUCUCGUUUCUUUUCUCCCACCCCAACCUUUCUUUUCUCUGACAGUUCCAUUAAACUUGGAUUUCCUCUUCCCCCGGUGAUCUUGCUCGCCUGCAGCUCCAGGAAAAGGAAGAGUCUGCCUGGCUUCCGCUCCUCUCCUCGAGCCUCUGCUGCACAUGUGUGUUUCCAAAUGCUGACGUGACCAUUUUCUAAUUCUGAAAGAUCAUCUUUUAAAAAUAAAAAAGUCCAACCUAAUUGCAUACUUUAGCCUCGGAUAUUUUGCAACAGCCCAUUUUUAAUCCUGAAAAGAAAUGGCAUCUCCUUAUGAGAGCAAAGCGGGCGGUGAAUAUGAAACUCACCCUGAACCCUGGAGGGUGAAAUGAGUUUUUAUGUGCAAGGCUGGCCUGCCCUGAUUUGAUUACUGUUGCUGAAGUAUGUGACAGCUGUCCAGGUCAUGAGAGGCCUGUCCCCUUCCCCAAAUGUGAAGGUUUUUUUGUUUUUUUUUUAAGAGAAAAGGUGAAUAAGAGGAAACAUUUAUGUAUCUUUAUACAGUGGUACCUUGGGUUAAGAACUUAAUUCGUUCCGGAGGUCUGUUCUUAACCUGAAACUGUUCUUAACCUGAGGUACCACUUUAGCUAAUGGGGACUCCCGCUGCCGCCGCACGAUUUCUGUUCUCAUCCUGAGGUAAAGUUCUUAACCCGAGGUAUUAUUUCUGGGUUAGCGGAGUCUGUAACCUGAAGCAUCUGUAACCUGAGGUACCACUGUAGAGCACACAGAUGAAUUGUGGAACUUGUUCCCACAGGACACAGUACCUUCCAACAUUUCUCAGCUGAAAAUAGGAAUGCCCUAGUCCACAAAAACAACUACAAUUUUAUUAUUUAUACCCUGCCCAUCUGACUUGGUUGUCCCGGUCACUGUGGGUGGCUUCCAAUAGAUAUAAACACAUAAAAAAACAUUAAAAACCUUUCCUAUACAGGGCUGCCUUCAGAUAAGUAUACAGUGGUACCUUGUUUUGAGUCCAGGAUCCGUUCUGGAGCCCCAGACACUCGACAAAAGGGACUCUUGACAAAGUGCUGCUCUGCACAUGCGCACAGAGCGGUUUGCGCUUCUGCACAUGCGUGAGCUGCAAACCCAGAAGUAACCUGUUCUGGUACUUCCAGGUUUGCCGUGGACAUUCGCUGAAAUGGACGUUCAACGGGGCUGACACUCACUGAGGCAUUACUGUAUAGUUACUUAUCUCCUUGGCUUGAGGGUCACACAACUUCAUACCCUCCAACGUUUCUCCAAUUAAAACAGGGACGUCCUGAGGAAAGACAGGACAUUCUGGGAUCAAAUCAGAAACCAGAACAGCUUCUGUAAAUCCGGGACUGUCCCUGGAAAAUAGGGACACUUGGAGGGUCUGCAGUAAUGGCCACCAACUUGGAUGGCUUUAAAAGACGAUGAGACAAGUUCCUGGAGGAGAAGGCUAUCGAUGGUUGCCAGCCAGGAUGGCUGUGCCCUUCCCCCACAGUUUGAGGCAGUAAUGUCUCUGUAGUUGCUGGAAACUACAGGAAGGGAGAGGGCUCUGAGACUUGUGCUCAUGCUUGCUGGUUUCCCACAGGCAUUUAGUUGGCCCCUGUGAUAACAGGAUGGAUGAUUAGAUGGACCAUUGAGCUGAUCCAACAGGCUCUUCUUAUGUUCUACAAAGGCAACACAGAGACUGAGGGAGCAGGAAGCUGACAGGAAUAGGUACCCCCACCUUGGACUGGUUGUAAGUAAGGAGGCAGGCAGGUGGGGGCUGGUUGAGAACAGAGGGAGGCUGGUCGGGCUGUGCCCCACUCUCCUGAAAGUACCAGCCCUCGCUGCCUAGCACUCUUCAGUGUGUGCAUUACAUCUCUCGGUCUCUUCUCUCUCUAAUCCUUAAAAUGGCACAGAGAGGCUUCAUGGCUGAGCAGGAAUCUCAAAGAGGCCCAAUCCAGCCCAAGAGCUGCAGGGCUCCCAGGCCUGUGUUGUUGGUUACCUCACGAGCUCGGAGGAGCUGGUGGCAAACCCUCCUAUACUUUGGGUAAUCACAGGAGCAGACAUGACGUCCUCUGUCUUACUGUAAUGUGAAAAAAAGGGAAAGGGACUCUGGGGAAGCCGCAUCAAAUCUGCUCUGAAGAUUUACAGCAAUAAUUGUGCUGAUCUGGAAAAGGAGUUAGUCAUUUCCCCAGCUUUCUUGGCUGUCAGUCUUUGGUGGUCUGGCUUGCGACUGGAUGCACCAGUUUGGGGUUUGAGAGGGGGAGCGGGAGAAGGAGAAGGAGGGUAGGUAGGAUAGACUAUUAUUAUUAUUAUUAUUAUUAUUAGGUUGCAUUCAAUGUUAGGCCUACUCAGAGUUGACCCAUUGAAGUUACUGGACACAACUAAUUUUGGUGGGUCUACUCUCUACAUAGGACUCAAUUGGAUACAGCCCUUUAUUAUCUUAAUGUUGUUGUUAUUUAAUUUUUGUUGUUGCAACUUUUACACACAGAAAAAACCUAUCUGUGCAAAGAGAAUGAGAAAAUGAACCUAUAAACCAAAUAAACAAGAUAGGGUUAGCUAUAUGAAUUGCACCGCCGCCCACCCCCACCCUCCAGUCUUGGUAGAUGUUCAGGAGUGCAAAAACGAGUGGCGAUUUUAGCCUCAUUUCUUGUUCAACACGGAAUCGCAUGGUCAAGGGCCUCUUGAACUACAGAUGGGGAAAGGGGCUAUGUGGGCUUUAAUAUAUAUUUAUGCCUCCAUGUGGAAGAAUCUGUGUUGCACAUCAGAGAUGGUUUACAGAGGGGAAGCAGGCUGUAUUAGCCUUUUGCACCAAAAGGAGCAGAGUCUUAUGACACCUUAACAACAAGCAAAUUAAUAAUAAUGAUGGUUGUAAAUUCCUUUUAUUUAUUUUUUAAAAAAUUGAUUUUAAUGCUAUAACCCAUCCAGGGACCUUAGGGUGGAAGGCUGAUAAUAAUAAUAAUUUAUAACAAUUAUUUAAUUAAUGAAGAAUGAAUGAAUGAAUUGCAGCAUUAGCUUUCAUGAAACACCGGCCACUUCAUCAUGCAUUCAGCAUAACCCAGAUUUGCAGGGUCCCACAUGGAUGGGAGGGGGAGUGAGGUAAGAGAAAAAUGAAAAAGUUCAGAGAGUGAUGUUUCCAUACUUUAACAGCAGCCAUUCCCAAGGCUAUGAAAGGGACAGAAUAGGAUCCCGCUUUUCAAAAGGAUAUGAAAAUCUUUGUGAAUCACCCUGCUGCCCUCCCAGCCCAGGUCAGCUCAGGACUUAGUAUUCUACAUAGGAAGGAACUCUAGAAAUAACAAAGUAUUGCCAGAACUGAACUGUUGUUCCUGAAUUUGUUUCAAAUUGCGGGAGCCAAGGAGAUUUUCGACAGAAUGCUCUCGCACAUGUUUUUCCCCACUCUGGAAAUUCUGGAUCGGCAAAGAAAUUGGUUUUGUCUCCUGCUUGGAUUGUGAUUCAUUGUCAUUUCAGUGCUCACUGCAAACUACAGGUCCCAUUGUAUUCUCUCAUGAAAGCAAAGGAGGAUUCAUUGGCCUCCCUAGGCCUUCCUUCCGUAGUAAACACAACUGAUAUUUCACAUACGGACUUAAUAAUAGAAUUAUAGAAUUGUAGCAUUGGGGGGUACCCCAAGGGUCAUCUAGUCCAACCCCUGCAAAGCAGGAAUAUCGACUAGAUCACACAUGACAGAUCUCUGCUAUUUUAUUUUUUAAAAAAUUGAUUUUAUCAUAAAUAUAUGGAUUUUAUCAAAAACAUAUGGACACACUAAGACAGGGCUCGGCAAGGUUUUACCUGCCUGGGCAGGUAAAGUCCCAUGGAGAUCUCUCCAUGGGCCAGAUCACGUGCGUGAUUUCCAGUGUCUGGGCAUGCGCAGACGCAAUUUCCGGCCUCUGGGAAUGCACAGAUGCGAUUUCCGGCGCUGCAGAAAGGAAUCUACGUGGUGUGCCAGUUUAGCACAGUGCAUGGGGACUUGCCAAGCAGGUAGCUCAGUUCGGGGGCGGCUCGGGGGCCGGUUAAAUUGCCCCCAUGGGUCGUUUGCGGCCCAUGGGCCACAGGUUGAUGACCCCUGCACUAAGACAUAACCAUACAAACAAUAACAACUAUACACGGAGCAUAUUCAGUAUAUAAAAAAAAAUUACAGAGAUGCAGUUACAUGUAGUUAAGUUUUUAAGAUGAGUCUCUAUAGCCCAGCCACAAUGAGGAGUGAAUGAUGGGAGGAGUACUUAUAUGACUCUCCCUCUUUAUAUGUUCAAAAAAUGGAGGCCUCUGUUUAAAAACCUCCAAUGAAGGAGAGUCUACCACUUUCUGAAGUAGUCCAUUCUACUGUAGUUAACUCCACUACUAAACAGUCAGCUUGACAUUGAUACCAGGAAAAGUCUUAGAACAGAUAAUUAAACUGUUGGUCUAUGAGCACUUAGAAAAAGAGGAUGUGAUUACAGUGGUACCUCGGGUUACGUACGCUUCAUGAUACAUACACUUCAGGUUACAGACUCCGCUAACCAGAAAUAGUACUUCGGGUUAAGAACUUUGCUUCAGGAUGAGAACAGAAAUCGGGGGGCCACCAGGGGGCGCAUUGGAAGAUGGCCGACAAUAACAUCACUCCGACCCACACGAGGUAAUUAAGAGGCUGCUAUGGGAAGUAUGCAGUCUUCCCGGCCCCCCCAAGGAGAUGGCGGGGACUGCCUUGCCAGCGGUGUCCAUAAUUCACCCCCGGAUUCGAAAGAAGGGGGUGCGGACACUUGGCACCAGCCCUUGUGUGAAGUCGUCUCUUCCUGGACGCUGUCUCCAAUCAGCGCACUGGUUGUUUUAGCUCGAAACAUAUAACUGGAAAUAUAUAAUUUGGAAGGAAGCUAAAGCACAUACAUCAAGCAAGGAUUGGGAGUUAAGACUGCUGAUUAAUGGAUCUCUGGGAGCGGAGCUACGGGCGGGACAAAUAAAUCAAGUGAUGAAUCGCCAUUUAAAGACUGGUACGUUUGGUGUGAAAUGGAAGGGGGGUGGAGGAAAAAACUUUUCUUUUUCUUUGCCUUAUGUGAGUAUUAAUAACCCUUCACCCCAGAAAGAAAAACUGUAGCAAUUUAUUAAUCACAAGCAGGAAUUCAAGAACUGUGUGGAGUGAAUUCGAUCAAAGAGAGGACUGGUAAACAUCGGAGAAUGGAGGAAAAUUUUAUGACGCAGUUUCAAAUGGCGUUUCUCCGAGAUAGGCUUGCCUAAGAAGGAUGGGGGAGGAGGACCAGGGUCAUUGGAGUGUGAAUGCUUAAAGGAAUGUGAUUUAGACCUUGGCAGAGCCCUCUGAAAUAUGUCUGGCAAUCCUGGAAAAUCAAGGGACAGACCGAGGGAAAGUCUCUUUACGGAGGUGUGGAAAUGGCGGCUGUCCUUAUGUGAAAUGAUCUUUGGAGAGUGUAAAACCCACACAGAGGAUGUUUGGUUUUAACUCGCUUGUGAAGAUUAUCAGAGAUCGCAAAGAAAGGAAUAUAUGAUAACAACAAGAAGAUGAAGAAAGUAACAAAGAGACUAUCUGGACAGAACUGGAUAGAACUGUUUAAUUAAAGCAGCAACAUGAGUGAUGUUUAGUCCCCUUUCAGAGCUUGAUGUAUGGGUACCCCCAACAAAAAUUUAAAGAUUUGGCUGUAUAAUUUGGAAUUAAUGUGAUUUGGAAAUAAUGUGAUUUGAUUGGCCUGUUAAUAAAAAUUAUAUUUAAAAAAAAAAAGAGAACAGAAAUCGCACGGCGGCAGCGCAACAGCAGCAGGAGGCCCCAUUAGCUAAAGUGGUCUUCAGGUUAAGAACAGUUUCAGGUUAAGAACGGACCUCCGGAACGAAUUAAGUACUUAAUCCGAGGUACCAAAGUAUUAAGACCCGGCAAGGGUUUCUCAAAAACAAGUCAGGCCAGACAAAUCUCAUUUCUUUAUUGGAUAGAGUUGCAAGCUUGGUGGAUCAGGGGAAUGCUGUAAAUGUAGAGUAUCUUGAUUUCAGUAAGGUUUUGGGCAAAGUCCUCCAUGAUAUUCUUGCAGGAAGCUGGUAAAAAGUGGGAUAUACAAGAUAACUGUUAGGUAGAUUUGGAACUUGUUGACUGACGGAACCCAGAGUGUGCUCACUAAUGGUUCCUCAUUAUCCUGGGAAAAAAUGACAAGUGGGGUGCCGCAGGGUUGUGUCCUAGGCUUGCUGUUGUUCAACACCUUUAUAAAUGACUUGGACAAAAGAAUUGAGGGAAUGCUCAUCAAAUUUGCAGUUGACACAAAAUUGAGAGGGGUAACUAAUGCCACAGAAGACAGAAUCAGGAUUCAAUAUGACCAAGGCGAAAUAGAGUGGUAAUAUAACUUUCCUUGAUCUGGACGCUAUACUUCUGUUGACGCAGCAUAGAAAUGCAUUUGCUUUUUUUGCUGCUGCAUCACACUGUUGAUUCAUCAACCAUUCUACCAGUAUUUUUCGUUCUGAAACACUGAUAUCAUAAUGCAACUCAUGAUUUCCCCCAGUGGGUGUUUUUUGUUGGGUUUAGCAAAGCAGCCCUUAUCAAUGUAUCAUAACCCCAAUGUAGCUGGCACAUGGGGCUCUGUAACUGCCAUUCCCCCAACUCUCUGCUCUCCAGACGUUUUGAACUACAACUCCCAUCAACCCCUGCCAGCCUGUCUUGAAGAACCCAUUUUAUAGAUCAGCUCCCACCCUCUCAAAGCAGUAUAGAGAGAUGAUUCAAAGAAGCUUCCAUAUGCCAAGCAGUGAAUUAAGAGAUGCACUCCUCAGAAGAUGCUAUGUAAUUAGAAUUAUCCCUUCCAAGCCCAAAGCCACAGUCACUGAGAACAUCUGUUUAGAUUACAGUUGUGUCAGAUUUGGAUGAGAGGGCUUGAUUUAAAACAGGAAGAAAACACUCAUUAUGACUUGGGAAAAGAAAGUAAAGUCACCUCAUUGCUUGUUAAAGAUUAAAGAGAAUAUUUUUGUGGGGAUUAUCCCAUUGGGGAAACAUAUUUUUUUUAACCUAAGGAAAGGUAUGAACUGCUAGAAGGCAACCAGCUGGAGCCACUUGGUAGAGCAUCUGCUUUGCAAUCAGACAGUCCCGGGUUCAAUGCCCAAUGUCCCCUGUCAGAAACCCCAAACAGCUGCUGCCAGUCAGUGUAGACAAUACUGAACUAGAUGGACCCAAUGGUAUGACUUGGUAUAAGGCAGUUUCCUGUGUUCCUGAGUUGCCAACAAAAUGAGAAGAAAGGUCUUCCAGGAAACGGCAUUGUAUUUUGCACAUCCUCUGUGGAAAUACCUGUUUCAUUCUCGACGUAAACAAUUCAGUUAAAAAAAGAGAUGCUUAAGCAGGGGUGGGGAGACCUUUGACCCUUCAGAUGUUGCUAGACUACAACUCCCAUCAUCCCUGCCCGUGCUGCCUGCUGGGGCAGAUGGGAGUUGGAGCCUGAAACAAGGAGACCCACAAGUUAGCAAAGCCUGCUGCAGUCUACCAGCUGGAGGGCCACAGAUUCUUAGAGCAUGGAGUUGUAGUAACCAGUGAUACCAGCCCUUUUUGCCAUGGAUGGGGGCAUAAGGUGGAGCCAAAUUGCAAUCUUCAUGCCAGAGAUGGGGUGGACAAAUCCACCAAUUCUGGUUUUUCUCAGUUUCUCUGUUUUCCAGUCUUAAGUCCAAUCAGUGGAAGACAGGAGUGCCUGGCGUGCUCUGGUCCAUGGAGUCACGAAGAGUCGGACACGACCAAACGACUAAACAAUUGCAAGUUACUGUUUUUAAAAAACCCUCUUGAAAAUUCAUCAGCACUGUACUGCAAAAUUCUCCAAAUAUAUAUGCAAUUCUCUCUAAAAUAUUUUUUUUGUAUGGCAUUUUCACCAAUAUAUGCACUUUUGUGCACAUUUUACCUUUCUGUAUGUAUUUUGGUACACAUUAAUUGCCUGGAGAAAUAUACUGCAAAAUGUAGAGAAGCGCAAAUUUCAAAGGACGGCUGUGUUUCAGUUUACAUCCUGUAUCAGAAAGUGUGAAUUAGGUUGAUUUGCAUUUACAUGUGAACUGAAUCAGAUUUCUUCCCCAUCCCUAAUAUGCUUGCCUGCACCUGCUCAUUCUUUCUUAGAAAUGAAAUGCUGGUUUUUCCCAUUCUGAAAUGGAAAUAACUGGGUCCUCAUCCAUCAAUCCUGGCUUCUUUUCCCUAUCGAUAUGAGCCUAGACAUUGCCAGGCCUGAACAAGGAAAGGCUAAUUCAUUUUCCACAUGGCCUCGGUCUGGUUUCACAGGUGUUAGUUAGCACAGCUCAGACGUUGUUUGCUGACUUUGUGGUCAUGGGGCGGCCUGCAUAGCAACUCUUCCAAGCUUGUUUUCUCACAAGGCCUGUGGCUCUUUUCAUCUUGCAAAACCCCAAAACCUCUUUCCCAAACCACAAACAGUUCCUUCACUAAUAAGGCUGUAAAAAGUGGCAAGGACGACCAUGUUUCUGCGCCCACCGACUUGGGAGCAAUUGAAAUCAGUUAGGCUCAAUUCCAAGUAAACAGGCAUAAGCUUGGGCUCAAGGCUCGGAGACGGCCUGAGCUUGGAACUGGAGUGAAACAACCCUAAACAAUGGAAAAGCAAACUACUUUGAGCUUGUAAGGGAAGGGAAAGUGGGAAUUAAAAACGAAAGAUGGUUACAAAGGAGAGCCACAAUUAUGACCUGUAUGGUACAUAGAAUCAUAGUACUGUAGAGUUGGAAGGGACUCGGGGGUCACAUUUUGCAUCUUUAGUUGCGAUUCCUGCAUUGCAGAGAGUGGACUAGAUGACUCUUUGGGUUCCUUCCAACUCUUGAAUUCUGUAAUUCAUUUUCUGUACACUAAAAAAAAAAGAAUCACCUGAGACAGGCAAUAGGAUGACUACAUGCUCCACUGCAAUUGCGGGAGAGACAGCUGUAAGGGCUAUUUCUAAAAUUCAUCAUACGUUUAAGAAACAGUUUCAUUUGGUAUAUUAUCCUGCAAGGAAACCUUUGCAUAAGAAUGUUUUACAGCAGCACCUGCAUCCCUGUACUGAUCUGAACACAGCAGGCACUUGUGGAAAUGCAGGUUCAAGACCCCAAAUCACAAUGCUGUCUAUUUUAUUUUGGGGAAAAGAUGGCUGAGCCAGGGUGGUUGGAGCAGGGGGUGGAACUGACUGAAAGUGAUAAGCCCCUAAUGUCCUUUUUCAAAUCCAGCCUAUAAACGCAACAGAAUAUAACACCCUGCCCUGGAAUUCUCUUUGCAACGCACAUUGGAAGAAUUCCAAUUUUUGCUCAAGUCUUGUGGAUUUUUAGAAGCCCAUUCCAAGAGAGCAGCCAUGUUGUUCCAUAUCACUGAAGAAAGAGGUAUUGUACCAGAAAGGCUGGGGAGUGAAUCCCACACCCACACACCAGCACACUUAAUACUUACAAUAUUAUUUAAUGUGUGUGUGUAUAUAUAUAUGUGUGUGUGUUUGUCUAUCUAUCUAUCUAUCUAUCUAUCUAUCUCCCACCUUUUUCCCAAGCUCGGAUUCAGUUGCAGCUUCCAACACUUACAUUACAAAACACAGAUUUAAAAAAAUCAAACUAAUUUAAAAAAUAGUUAAAAUACAUCAGUUAAGCACACAAUACCCCAAUAUAUGCAAUUUUGUACACAUUGCUUGGCUGGAGAACUGUGUCGCAAAAUUCGGAGAAGCUGCGAAUUUCCAAGAACCGUGUGAAAUCAAUAGCAGAGUGAAGAUAACAUAUUGCUUCAGAUAGUGUGAAUUGAGUAAGUUCACCUUUAAAUGGAAACUCAGUUGAAUCCAGGGGUGGGUGGGUGGGUGUUGGCAACCCCCUCCUUUCCAACCAAACCCAUUGAAACCCUCCUUGCGACCCACUCCCUUUCUCGGCUCUCAUUUGCCGCCCAGCCCCAUCUUGAAUAAAUUAGUGGCUCCAGAGCUGCUGCCGGAGAUUAACUGUUCCAUUGAUUGCAAAGAACGAGCUGAUCUUCUGUUGUUUCAUGUCUGCUUUUCCAAAAAUACCCAUUUCUUUUUUCUCUCCCUGGUGUCUUUCACAUUAAUCAUACAUAUUUUUUGGGAAAUGCAAUAUACGUGUGUAUUUUAAACAUGUGUAACUGUAUAGCUCUUUCCCCCAUCGGUUUAUUAUUUCAGUGAGCAGCUGAUUAGAUGUAGAAUUGAAAUGCCAAUGAAAUUCAGGAGCUCUUUGCAUUUUGGCUGCUGUUAUUGUUCACUUCUGCCCGUGGCUCCAGGAACCAGGCCUGUCUUCUUUUGUAGACAAAGGAAUAUUUAGGAAUAAGUGGCAGUUGCAAGACGGAGCAGACAUCAGUGAAAUUUGCCCUGGAGGGCAUAGAGACCUUGUUCUCAGCCAGACACAGUUCUUCAGCCUUUGACACAUUGACACCAAGCAUUUAAAGUGCUUUGCUAUCACUUUAAAUACCUGGGAUCUGCAGUUUGUUAAGGGUGCUAAUAGUUGUUAAAGUAAAGGUAAAGGGGCCCCUGCCCAUUAGGUCCAGUCGUGGCCGACUCUGGGGUUGCGGCGCUCAUCUCGUUUUACUGGCCGAGGGAGCUGGCGUACAGCUUCCGGGUCAUGUGGCCAGCAUAACUAAGCCGCUUUUGGCGAACCAGAGCAGCGCACGGAAACGCCGUUUACCUUCCUGCCGGAGUGGUACCUAUUUAUCUACUUGCACUUUGACAUGCUUUUGAACUGCUAGGUUGGCAGGAGCAGGGACCGAGCAACAGGAGCUCACCCCGUCGCGGGGAUUCAAACCGCCGACCUUCUGAUUGGCAAGUCCUAGGCUCUGUGGUUUAACCCACAGCGCCACCCACAUGGUCCUUAUUCGCUUCGCAGAGCUACAUUUCCUAGAGUUCCCUACAGGCCUUCCCUAAGCGUAGAUGCUGAAAAUGGGUCCCUCUGGCUUCAAAGUCCAAAGAGCCAAAAUAAGAAAAGUGGUUUUCAUUCUCUGUCCAUUCAUUGCAUGCUACACAGAGACUGGAAAAAAUAACCAGACCCAUCACAGCUGGUUUGGUUUUAUGCUAGAUAUUUAAGAGAAAACAGGGGGGGAAACUACAUUAAUUCUGCAAGAGAGAGAAAAGGCUUUAAAACAGCCAUGCUUUGAUGCCUUUACAACAAAAGAAUCUGGUUUUGUAUAUCAUCACUCUGAGGUGUCUAAUUAGCAAGUGGGGUUUUGCAGAUGAAGAGCUUUGCUGCAAGCAAGAUUUGCUUGGAGGGUCCAGCAACCAGCUAGUAAUUCACACCUCAAGCACAGCACAGGUUUCCUUCAAGGAAUUCAGCCUAUUCUCUGGCACUCAGAUGCUCCUAAGUAGCCAAUUACAUCAGCCAGGUGAGCUGAUGACUAUCUAGGUCAGGGCAAUCCAACCUUUCAUACCAAGUGGGCUGCAAAAGUACUUCAACACAGAACCCACAGGCCGCACGCUGCCUUGUCACAUGGGGUGGGGGAAAGAGCCCACAAUUUGGUGCCCCACCCACCUCUUUCCCAAAGCUGGGAAACUGCUAACUAGGCUUUGGGAAAGAGGCAGGGGUACUCUAGGACCCUGCCAGAGCCUUCGUGCCUCCUUCCCAAAGCCCAACACCUCUCUUAUCUGGCUCUGGGAAGGCAGCGAGAGUUUAGUGGGGCGGGCACUGAAUGUUGCCAAAGGCCACCAAAAGAGGUCUUAGCCCUCAGGCCACGCACUGGACCACCCUGACCUAGGUCCUGCAGUUGAUCCAGAAUGUUUUCCCCCUGUAACUUGUCAUUUCUUUCUAUAGUUUUAAUUGAUGCUUUUUAAUAUUUCGUAUUAAGACCACUUGUUAAGGUUUGCCUGAAAAUAAAUAUCUUAAAUAGACUAUUUUUUUUUUGUUCAUGGUGAAUACUAAAUAAUGCAUACAUUCACAAUUAAUAACAUCAUUAAUUGUUCCACUUUUGGUAAGUUGGCUUGUUGUUUUUAAGUAUUUUUCAUCAUCAGUUCAUGUUUCUAGACCCUAAGAGUGUGGAAAGUAGGAUUAGCAAGAGUACUUCUGACCAGGAGACAGUAUCUUCUGGCCCUUGUGUGUUGUGAUUUUCUGCCUUACAUGGAUUUGAUUGAUGGUGACAUUUUAUUGGACAUUUUAUGGUUUUAAUAUGCCACUGGUGGGCAAAAGAGCGGCAUAUCAAUAUUGUGCUGAUGAUUAUGGUUUCUAGGCGGUAUCAGAAGCAGUAAGAUAUGGUAUUUAAUGAAGUUGUUGUUGGCAUCUGCCUGUCUCGAGAGACAAUGAAGUAUGCCUCUGGGGAUGAAGUCAAACCGCUGCAUGAAUGAAGUAAUUAAAUAAACAUUGAUUGUUUAAAUAUUAUUACUUUUCCCUUUGCUGUGUAAGUGUGGGGAACUGCCGUGCUCUUCCUCCACAGUCAGAGGCAAUAAUGCUUCUGUAACUAGUUGUUGGAAACCACGGGAGAGGAGAGGGCUCUUGUGCUCGGAUCCUGCUUGCAGGUUUCCCUUAGGCAUCUAGUUGGCCACUGUGAGAACAGGAUGCUCUAUUAGAUGGGCCACUGGCCUGAUCCAGUAGGCUCUAUUUAUGUUCUCUGACCUAGCAUGAAUUAGGGAACCCAUAAAGGUAAAGGUAAAGGGACCCCUGACCAUUAGGUCCGGUCAUGGCCGACUCUGGGGUUGCGGCGUUCAUCUCGCUUUAUUGGCCAAGGGAACCAGUGUACAGCUUCCGGGUCAUGUGGCCAGCAUGACUAAGCCACUUCUGGAGAACCAGAGCAGCACAUGGAAGCGCCGUUUACCUUCCUGCCGGAGCAGUACCUAUUUAUCUACUUGCACUUUGACGUGCUUUUGAACUGCUAGGUUGGCAGGAGCAGGGACUGAGCAACGGGAGCUCACCCCAUUGCGGGGAUUCAAACCGCCAACCUUCUGACCGGCAAGUCCUAGGCUCUGUGGUUUAACCCACAGUGCCACCCACAGGGGGCAAACUCUGGCCCAGAAGAAAGCUGCAUUGAGAGGCCCACUGAUGAUAAUGAAAGGAAACUUGGCAUAAGUCUCUUAAAAUAGUGAUAAUCCAACAGCCACCUAUGCAGAGUCUUCUCCUCUCCUGCAGGGCCCUUCAUUUCAAGAGGGAAUGGAUUGGAUAUCCAACAACAUUCUGUGGUUGCCUCUAGAAUUUUAAUAAUGCUGCCUAAGCAAGCCUAAACUUCUCCCACCCAAUUCCAGAGGCAUCGCAAUUCCAAAGCUAUAUAAAGCAUUAAAAAGUGAGUCAUUCAAGCUUAGAGCUAUGGAGGAAACCAAAACCUAUAACAGUCAUGACAAUGAAGGAGGCAAAGUCCUAAAAUGAAAGGAAGCCACAUGAUUUUUUUUGUCUUUCUUGGAUAAUGACACAUUGCUUUCCAUUGGGGUUGAACUUUAAGUUUUUAAAGAGCGGUGGUGAUUGAGCCUCAUGGAAACUUAGCGUCCAUGGAAAUAUUUCCCCAGUUACUUUGAAGGUGGAGAUGGGGAUUAGCUGCUGCAGAUGUCAGAGCCUUGACAACUGCUUUUGAGGAGUUCUCCACGAGGUGUGUCAACACGGUUUGUUGAAAACUUUAUCUCCUCUCCUCCUUCACUAGCUGGCUGGACGUCCUAUUUGCAAUUCAAAAUAAGAUGCUCGUUUCAGUUGCUACCUUUGUAGCCUGGUGGUGAUGUUGGGAUUGGGUUGAAAACAAGUGCACUUUGAUUUUCGCUUCUGAGUAAAAAGGAAUCCAUAAUGCGAAGGCUUGUGGGGAAUCUUUCCCGGAGGUUUGUCCUACGUCAGGACUGCAUGACAUCAUCAUCAUCAUCAUUGGGGCAGGCUCAGUCUCAGAGAUGAAACUGAGAAACAGUCCAUCUACCAGUCCCUUACCCGCCACUCUCUUUUGGAAGCAGAGAGCCUGGACAUUUCCAAAGGAAAGAGCUCCAGAAAAGCUGCCUAGCUUGAGCAUAGCUAGAUCCAGAGGAACAGCUGGUGGUGGUCCCUCAUGGAUUCCAGAUGUGGCACAUGACUCCAUACAGAGGGAUAUUUGGCAUCCCUGAUUGAUUCCCUGCAACAACACUAAGUAGAAGAAACAUUCCUUGGUAGGGCUUUUGCAUGAAUGAGGGAUGUAUUUCAGUAUUAGAGCCAGCCCUACCAUUAGACAAAGUGAGGCAGCUGCCUAAGGCAGAAGAUACUGAAGGGAAGAGAGUUGUAGGGCCAAACUGAAUGUGUCCUCCCUGCCCUAAGCUAACCUGCUGCCUUUGAGUGUGGUGGAGGAUAUCAUAGAAUCAUAGGAUUGUAGAUAACAACAGCAGCAGCAGCAAUUGUAGAGCUGCAAGGAGCUCCAAUGGUCAAUCUCCUGCAAUGCAGCAAUCAUAGCUAAAGAAUCCCUGACAGAUGGCCAUGCAACCUCAUCUUAAAUACCUGCAGUGGUCCACCUUCUGAGGUCAUCUGUUCCACUGCGAAACAGCUCUUAGCCUUAGAAAGUUCUUCCUAAUGUUAAGUAUACCUGAAGGAGCGUCUCCACCCCAAUCGUUCAGCCCAAACAUUGAGGUCCAGCUCCGAGGGCCUUCUGGUGGUUCCCUCACUGCAAGAAGUGAGGUUACAGGGAACCAGGCAGAGGGCCUUCUAGGUAGUGGCACCUGCCCUGUGGAACGCCCUCCCAUCAGAUGUCAAGGAAAUAAACAACCAACUUUUAGAAGACAUCUGAAGACAGCCCUGUUUAGGGAAACUUUUAAUGUUUGAUGUUUUAUUGUGUUUUAAAUAUUCUGUUGGGAGCAUCCCAGAGUGGAUUGGGAAACCUAACCAGAUGGGUGGGGUAUAAAUAAUACAUUAUUAUUAUUAUUAUUAUUAUUAUUAUUAUUAUUAUUUCAGAAUAUCUUUUCUUGUCAUUUGAAUCCACUGAUUUGGGUCCUGCCCUCAGGAGCAGCAGGAAACAAACUUGUUCCAUAUCUUGUCCUUUGUCCCAGGCAGCAAAAUGUCUUAUUUAUUUAUGGAAAUUAUUAGUCGCCUUUCACCUAACAGGUCUCACACUAAAGAACACACACACACACACACACAUAUAUAUAUAUAUACACAUUAUAGAAAAGACAAGAAAUCAUAUGAACAUAUAGCAUAUUAGAAAAAGCUGUGUGCCCCCAUAUUAGAAAAAUAGUAGAAAGAGCAAUGAGCCUUGCUUGCUCCUCUCCUGUCUCUGCCAGGGGACCAGCCUUGGGCCAGUGCUCUCCAGUAGCAUACAAUGAUGCUCUCUAGCAGCAUCAAAAGCAGGUCAUGAGCAACAGAAGGCAGCACACUCCAUGGGAAGCAUUCAGCCAAACAAGGCCUGCCCAGCUUGUACAAGUCUACCCAACCCCGACAGGGUACCAAUGGGUGGUACCUCAUGUUCUUCUGGGUGGGGAGGAAAUGCUUGACUGGAUUCCAAGCCCUGGUUCAGAUCCUCCAUCAAAGAUAAGGGGGACCUUCCAUCUAAUCCACCAUGUAAUAUAUAAAGACCAACUCUUGUUUCCCAGAAAUUACACUGACUGAUGUUGCUUCCUGCUCUGCACUGAAACUCUUUUUAAUCAGCUGAUAUAUUUAGUCCCCAGACUCUCGACUCCUGCCAGAUUUCGAUCCGGGUGAUUUGAAAAAGAUCUCCAUUCCAAACAGGAAUUAGUCGUUGUUUAGAUUUCUUUAUGAUUCCCGGCUGUUGUGGGGUUCUGCUGGAGUUGAAUGAACUCUGUCCUUAAAUAUUAAAUGUGGUUGGGGGCAGGGAAUGAAUCUCCUCUCUUCUCUCAUCCAAAAGUGACUGCAAGCAUCCUCUACACUACAGCAUGAUGUGGUCUAGCAAGGCAAUAGACAGUGUCCAAAUAUUGGAAGGUUUGGGGAGGCUGUUUGUUUCUUAAGGGGAACUGGACGGAAGGUUCAGUGCAAGGAUGGGGAACCUGUAGUCCUUCAGAUGAACUUGGACUCUUGACUCUCAUCAACCCAAGCCAGCAAGGCCAAUAGUGAUGAUGGGCAUUGUAGUCUGUCAACAGCUGGAUUGCCACAGGUUCCCAGCAUUGGCUUAAUGCAUGGGCCCUAUCCAGAGGUGCAUACACAGCACACUUGAGAUAUUUAUUAUCUGUUCUCUACCAAACCCCGACAACGUAUUUUCAGUUCACCUUGGUUUAAAAUUUAAACCCUUUUUUGAGGGUGGGGACUAAUGUGGCCUGUGGCCUGCAAGUUAGCCACUCCUGGUUAUAUCCAAUGCUAGUUCCAAUAAGAGAAUGCCCAUUGGAAUCAAUGGACACGACUACAAUUAUAGAAUUGCAGAGUUGGAAGGGACCCUAGAUAAGUGUUAUCUAGUCCAACCCCCCUGCAAUGCAGGAAUCUCAGCUGUCUAAAUUAGGCCCAUUGAUUUCAAUGGAUUUUCCUUGAGUUGGCUACAAUGCAUUGCUAUUUGGUGCAAUACUUUCAUGUGCUUAAUGUAUCUGGAUUGCCAAUGUUUUAUGGAUGGUUCCCACCUCCCUUUUAUGAUUUUAUUUUCAAAAUUAUGCCAAUGUGAAGGCUGAAUGAAGGAAUGCUAUAAUGUUUUGGGGGUUGGAGCAGACUGCAAGGAAAUGGUGUAAUUGUAAUCAAUUCCAAUGCAUACACUCAAUUUGGAGGAUUUCUAUGCUUGUUUGAUUUUUAUUAUUAUUAUAACAUAUUUUUAAAUAAUGUAAGCUACAACUGACCAUGAAGGACCAACAAAGACAAUACAAUAAUGCAAUGCUGCUUCUUUUUAUUAGUUACAAUUAUAUGGUUGUAUAUUGUCUUGGUGUUUGACAUUCCAAAACGUCAGAAAAAUACCCCACCAUUCUAUACAUUUUUUAUAGUUGAUCUCUAUAAAUUAUUGUAUAUUUCAAUAAGGUAGCUAUAUUCUAUAUUUUGUUAGACCAUUCAGUGAUAAGGCUUUUCAGUGUUUGUGAUCAAAUGUGUGAUGUUCAGAAAUGGCCAAUAAAAGAUCUCCUCCUACCCCCCCCCCUCAAAUUUUUGUUUCCCUCCAGGCUGGUGGUUGGAGCCCCUUAUGAGACCAGUGGGCAACAGAAGACUGGAGAUGUCUACAAGUGUUCGGUGAAUGGUGAAACCAACAGCACCUGUUCCAAGCUCAAUCUAGGUAAACCCAUGGGAUAAAAUUUACCACCUUGAGCAUCUUUUCUGUAUGUGCUCCACUGCUAAGGGUCACUCAAAUGAACACGUGUCUUCACAUCCAUAGCUACCAAUGACUUCUCUGAGUUGUGCAUAGGUAAAAAAGAUUGCCACUAGAUCAGCUCUAUUUUGUCUUUAAACUCUACCCUUAUAGCCCUGGAACAUUUUUCAGUGGGAAGUGAAACCAGCAGGCCUCCAUGAAAUGCCAAUCUUGUUGGUUAACAUGAUUAAAAUGAAAAAUAGAUAUGGUAAAAUAAUAAAAAGGAUAAUUCCUGGGAUGCCUCUAUCCAGGCUCGGGGCAAGUAUUGUUUGGUGAGAGAGCCCUAGGAGAGAAUUAAAAUAACAAAACAUUCUGCAAAGUGUAGAAAUAUAGGCUGUUAGACCUUUAAAAUACCCCCUUCUAAGUUGUACCUAAAAUUCCACACUUCCUUUAGCAUAGAAAGAGACCACAUGUUUGAUAAGCUUAAAAUUGUUUUCUUAUAAACUCUUCAAAUGUCAGAUUCAUGUGCUUUUCCAUACAGCAGCAACAAAACACAGGCAGUAUAACUUAGGUUCCAAAAAUGGUAAAUGUUUCUAAAUAAUUUGCAUAGAAACAGAAAGAUGGCUUGCUUUAGUCCCACAGUCUAAGCCUGGAGCAUCCAGCUUAGACCUCCUUACUGGCAGAGUUCACAUGGAGGAAUAUGAGAGAACAGAGAGCUUGGCAACCCUUCCUCCUAAGAGGAGGGGAAGUGACCUAGCUAAGCGUGGCAGGACAGCUUACUCUAUUGUCUUAACCCCUUCAUGCAUUAAUUAGAGUUAAGCAUGCUGGUUAAGCAUGUAGGUGACCUAACAGCAUGGUGGCAACCAGCUCUGAAUGUUCCUUUUCAGUUUCAGACUGAUGCUGUUUUAGACUGAUGCUACCAGUUAACCAAGUUCUCAAGUUCAAAUGGGGAGAGUAAGUGAAGGGAGCUGCCUUCGACUGAGUCAGACUAUUGAUCAAUCUAGCUCAGUAUUGUUUACACUAACUGGCAGCCAUUAUCCAAGGUUUCAGGCAAGAAACCUUUCACAGUACUACCUGAAGAUGUCAGGAUUUGAACCUGGUACCUUCUGCAUGCAAAGCAAAUGCCCUGCCACUGAGCUAUGGCCCUUCCUGUAAGUGCACAUUGUUUUCAGUUUUAUACGUGGUCUGAUUGCUCCCCCUCUUCCUGAAAAACCAAGCAUUAGAGGGAAAUGCAAAGAGUUUGCACAAACACUUUCUGAAGCUCCCUGUUCUACAGCUGUUCCUCCUUUCCACUACAUGCCUAACUCUGGCAUUCUUUUCUCAAGGAAGAGUAACUCUUUCCAAUGUGUCGGAGCGCAAGGAUAAUAUGCGUCUGGGUCUCAGCUUGACCACAAACCCCAAAGACAACAGCUUUUUGGUAAGGAAUGAUUUGCAUGUAGGCUUACAGAUGCUCUCUGAGUUGCUGCCGUCUUCUGUCGUGACAAGCCUAAGACUCAUUUUUAACCCCAACCUGCAACACAGGACCAAGUUUAAAAUAAAAAUAAAAAGCUACAUAGUUCCAUCUUUCUCAUCCUCGUUCCACCUUCCACCUUCUCUUAAAAUAACACAUUUAGAGUGGAAGUUAACAUGGUGAUGGCAACGUGACACACACACCCCUUUAAACUUGUGUGUGCCCUAUCUUUAUAUGAUGCCUGACUCACCCCUGGACAGUUAAGUCCAGUUGAAUUCCAUGGGGUGCUGCGCUCAAGCCAAUGAUCUACAGCAGAAGUGACUAGUCCCUUUAUUUUAUUUUAUUUUGGGUUUGAGGAUUGCGUUCAGUCUUGGGGAACCUUAUGGGGGCCAUUUGCCUAUGAUGGGUUCAGGCAGCACACAUUCUUGUACGGACACACAGAGCCCGCCCACCCCCAGUCCUCCUCUUUCCACUCUUCACAAAAUCAGUCCAAUGACUGGGAGAAUAGGAAUGAGGAAGAAAUCUAAUUCAGUUUGCAUUUAAAGGCAAGUUUACCUAAUUCACACUUUCUGGAAUAUAUGUAAACUGAAACAUUAGCAGCCCUUCAAAAAUUCAUGCUUCUUUGGAUUUUGCAAUGCAGUUCUCCAGCCAAGUAAAGUGUGCCCAAAUGCAUAUCCUAGGGUACUGUUUGUCAUCCGUUAGACAUACAGUGGUACCUCAGGUUACAUACGCUUCAGGUUACAUACGCUUCAGGUUACAGACUCCGCUAACCCAGAAAUAGUGCUUCAGGUUAAGAACUUUGCUUCAGGAUGAGAACAGAAAUCAUGCUCCGGCGGCACGGAUGCAGCAGGAGACCCCAUUAGCUAAAGUGGUGCUUCAGGUUAAGAACAGUUUCAGGUUAAGAACAGACCUCCGGAACGAAUUAAGUACUUAACCUGAGGUACCACUGUACAGAAAAUGUAUUAUAUUAGGGGAAAUCACUUGGCAAAAUGUGUGCAUAUUAGGAGAAGUUCGCACUAAAAUGCAGGUGACUUUUUGGGAGGAUUUUAACAAAAGAAAACCCCCAACUGAUGUGAAUGUAGAUUGGAAUACACACACACACACACACACACACACACACACACAUCCAGAGAAAGCAAAAUUGGCAGAUCCAUCCAUCUCUACUGAGAAGACCAUCCCAAUCUAGGCACUGUGCUGGAAGGAGAGGUUUAAACUUCACAAGAAUUCUAGCCUGUAUUACUUUGACUCCCUUUUUUAGCCUUCUGGGCCUGGCUAAAACAUCUAAAAGAGACUCCUGGCAUGUCCCGUGUCCUGAAGAAUUUAUCCCAGCAACAACCGACAGUAGCAGUUCUAAAACCUUCCUCCCUGUUUUGUUCCCUCCUUCACACAGGCUUGCAGCCCUCUCUGGUCUCAUGAGUGCGGAAGUUCUUACUACACCACAGGAAUGUGCUCCAGGGUGAACUCCAACUUCAGAUUCUCCAAGACUGUGGCUCCAGCGCUCCAGAGUAUGAGAAUGUGCCUGUUAUAUAGACCUUUCUCCCUCUCUCCCUCCCUCCCUCCCCUCUCUCUCACUCUCUCACUUUGCCAGACGAGGGGUUUUUGUUCUCUAAUGCGUUCAGCACCACUUUGAGGGAGGGGGCCUAGGAAACUCUGCUUGAAUAGAAGCAGGACAGCAAAGGGAAUUAUGUGGGCCGGCAACAGUAAAAAUUGCAGCAGCGAAGCAAAGACACCUUUUCCUUCCAGACCCAAAAGAAAGAGAAAAGGACAUGUUUUGGAUAUCUAUGACUUUACGUUACAGGGUGCAAAAUGCAAACAGUGUAGUUUUUUUAUAAAAAGAAAAGUUCCUACAGAAGUCUAUGGGUGUUGGGUCCACUUCUCAGUAUGCUAUAAGUUAGGAGAAAGUUGCUGUAGCUUCAACCAUCUUUUACUGCUUCUCAAGCAAUGCUCCCCCUACGGCCCCUUUAUGGGAUCAAGUAUAUUGCAGAGGCCCAACCCCAAUGCCCUGGUGAGUUGUAUGUGAUGUUGCCCCUUCCAGAAACUGGUGGAAUCCAGGUGUUCCUAUGCCAGGCCAGAGGGGCACACAGCCUUACUGUAACAAUAGCUGUUUCUAUAUAAAGCCGUUAACAAUCUGAGAGAACGCCUUGCCCCAUAUAUGCCCACUUAACUGCUUUGAUUGUCAAAACUGGAACCAUUACAGGUCCCAGAUCACCCCUGUUCUACAUUUGUAAGAACUUGGUCUUUUAGCGUGGCAACAACUACACUUUGGAACUCCCUGCCUAUUGAUAUCAGGCAAGUGCCUUCACUAGACUCUUUUUGGCACCUGCUAAAAACAUUUUUGUUUAGACAAGCCUACCCGGAUGUUGGGACACGGGAGGCGCUGUGGGUUAAACCACAGAGCCUAGGACUUGCCGAUCAGAAGGUCAGCAGUUCGAAUCCCCGUGACAGGGUGAGCUCCCGUUGCUCGGUCCCUGCUCCUGCCAACCUAGCAGUUCGAAAGCACGUCAAAGUGCAAGUAGAUAAAUAGGUACCGCUCUGGAGGGAAAGUAAACAGCGUUUCCGUGCGCUGCUUUGGUUCACCAGAAGCGGCUUAGUCAUGCUGGCCACAUGACCUGUACGCCGGCUCCCUCAGCCAAUAAAGCGAGAUGAGCACCGCAACCCCAGAGUCGGCCACAACUGGACCUAAUGGUCAGGGGUCCCUUUACCAUUACCAUUACCUUUACCCGGAUGUUAAGAAGGUUGGUGCGAGUUUUAAUCUGUAGUUAGGUGGCUGUUAUUUUAACUUUUCAGAAGUCUUAAUUUAUUGUUGUUAUUUUUUCUUGUUGAUAUUUUUCUCUUUUUUGUAUACUGCUUUAAAGGUUUUAAUUUUUUUUUAAAAAAGAAUCAAGCAGUGUAUAACUUUUAUGAAACAAAUAAAUAAGCACCACUAUAAUUUCUGCAGCUCCCUCCUAAUAAUCCUGCGGACUGUACAUUGCUGAGGUGCUGAGACUUUUUUAUCCUUCGCCUCCACACAGAACUGCAGUUCCCAGAGUUUCUUGAAGACUUUAAAAGCAAUUAAGCAUGUAAUAUAGAUAUAUAUAUACCCUUAGGGAACCUCAAUAAAGAAGAAACACAGCAGAACCCAGGAGAUAAGAUUUCAGAACAGGAAAGGAGAAAGAUUGGCCUAAGAUUCAGGACUUUCUUGCUCCAAAGGAGACAAAGAAAAUAUAUAUAUAUAUUGGCAAGCCUUUAUCCGCUUCCUGAAAGUAGCCAAGAUCUCUUAAUGAUCUCCUGCCUGUUCUAUCGCAGGAUGCCAGACAUACAUGGAUAUAAUUAUCGUCCUGGACGGUUCCAACAGCAUCUACCCCUGGGUGGAAGUACAGAAUUUCCUGAUCAGCAUCUUGGAGAAAUUUUACAUUGGACCAGGCCAAAUACAGGUGAGAAAACACAUGUGAGGAAUUUCUCUCAUAUCAGCACAUCCUCAUCUUUUGUUUUAUAGCUUUUUCCAAGCUGGCAUGCUAGGAACCUUCACCCUUGCCAACGCACCAUGCUUUUCUUCAAGAAUCAGUCAAAUAUUGUUUGCAUUUGAAAGAGACGCUACCCAGGACGAAGCAAAUGCAUUGGGCUGCGUUGGGCCAGGGGAGCAGGCAGGGGUCUGACCUCUGGCAAAAGACUUCGCAAAAGUCAAACCUUUGGGAUGAAUCAUAGAAUCGUGGUGUUGGAAGGGACCCCCAACAGUCAUCUAGUCCAGCCCCCUACAGCACAUAGUUAAACUAUGGAACUCCCUCCCACAGGAGGCAGUGAUGGCCACCAACUUGGGUGGCUUCAAAAGAGGAUUGGACAAAUUCAUGGAGGAGAAAGCUAUUGAUGGCUACAAGCCAGGAUGGCUAUGUUUCUGAAUACCAGUUGCUGGAAACGGCAGGAGAGGAGGGUGCUCUUAUGUUUGAAUCCUGCUUGCCAGUUUCCCACAGUCAUCUAGUUGGCCUCUGUGAGAACAGGAUGCUGAACUACACGGGCCACUGAACUGGUCCAGCAGGUUCUUCUUAUGUUUUUAUCACAGGUGUAAUAAGUGCAACAUAUCGGAUGUAGAAUCAUAGGACUGUAGACUUGGAAGGAUUGUAUGGUCCAGCUCCCUGCAAUGCGGGAAUAAGAGCUAAAUGCAGGAAUCAUGUGUACAGUAUAAGACUGCAAGUUAAAAUAAAUCAUGGCAGGUUUGUUCAGAAAUUGGAGCGUGUUAACAUGUUGUGCGUUAUUCACAUAGCAAUCUGUGCUAUUAUGCACUUCAUUUUACUAAAUAUGUGUUGUAUUAAUGUCGUAUCAAAAUAUAUUAAAGCUUGUGUAAUCAGAUAUUGUUGGGCUUUAGACUGAGCCAGCAUGACUAUUGGUCAAAGGUGAUGGGUAUUGUAGUCCAGCAACAUCCAGAGGGCCUCACAUUGGCUACCUUUGCCUUAAAGGAUCCACAAACCAUCUGCUCCUUCUUCUUUUCCCCCAUUCCAGGUAGGAGUCGUCCAGUAUGGAGAAGAUGCCGUGCAUGAGUUUCAUUUGAAUGACUACAGGUCUGUGAAGGAUGUGGUGGAAGCUGCCAGGCACAUUGAGCAGAGAGGAGGCACAGAGACCCGGACGGCCUUCGGGAUAGAAUUCGCUCGGUGAGCAAUGUGGGACAACAGGCUUCAUACAACCAACAUGCUUAAGUCUAAUUAGUGCAUGAAGGGGUUAAUACCAUAAGGUAAGCUGCCCUGACAGGCUUAGCCAAGUCACUCCCCAUCACUGAGGGAGCAAGGUAAUCAAGCUUAUUUUUACCUUGAUGAACUCAACCUCUCUUGAGUUCCUGGACUUUCCCCACUGUGAACUUUCCCCACUGUGACUAAGCCAAGUUUUACUGCCUGCGCAACUUUUUCUGAAUGCACAUGAAUCUGACCUUUAGAGGAUUUGUAAGUAAACCAUGUGUAACUUGCCAAAUAUGUGGUACUUCUUUAUGCUAGGGGAAGAGGAAAGUUCUGGAACUCACAAGGGCAUAUUUUAAAGAUCUAACAACCUAUAUUUCCACUCUUUACUUUUCUGCAUAUUUUGUGAUUUUAAAUCUCUGCUGGGGUUCUCUCACCGAAGAGUACUUGCUCCAAACCUGGAUCUUGGCAUCCAGGAAGUCUCCUUUCUAUAUACCUAUUUUUCCCCUUCAAUAUCUCCCAAAGGACAUUCUUGUGCAUGGCUGGUAUCUUUUUGUAUUCAUGAGGUUAAAGGUAAAGGGACCCCUGACCAUUAGGUCCAAUCGUGGCCGACUCUGGGGUUGCGGCGCUCAUCUCGCUUUAUUGGCCGAGGGAGCCGGAGUACAGCUUCCGGGUCAUGUGGCCAACAUGACUAAGCCGCUUGCAGCACACGGAAAUGCCGUUUACCUUCCUGCCAGAGUGGUACCUAUUUAUCUACUUGCACUUUGACGUGCUUUCAAACUGCUAGGUUGGCAGGAGCUGGGACCAAGCAACGGGAGCUCACCCCGUCGCGGGGAUUCGAACCGCCGACCUUCUGAUCGGCAAGUCCUAGGCUCUGUGGUUUAACCCACAGCGUCACCCGCGUCCCUAUUCAUGAGGUUACUCCAUUGUAAAAAGACUCUAGUUCGGAUAGCUUUAAAAUAACAUAACUAAAUGCAUCUUCUUUGUCAUAUCAUACACAAUUACUUUUCAGCAGCAUCAGGUAAACAAAGUGAAUGGCUCUAUACAAGUAAUGGGACAUUCUGAUCUCAGUAAAUCCCUUGCCUGAAUGAAAGUGAGCUGGCAUGUAAGACUGCAUGGAUAUUUCAAAUUCAGAUUCUCAUUUUUUCAUUCUUCAGUUCUCUACACUUGCAAAUCAGUUUGUGAUUUUUUUCUUAAGUCUUCAUGAAAAUUUCUCUGCAUUUUAGUACACAUUUCUCCCAAUAUACACAUUAUUUGCAGAGCAAUUUUCCCUUAUGUAGGGACGCAGGUGAGGGUUAUACGAGUAGAACUACAUAAGCCAUCUUGAGCUUCUUGCAGGAAAAGGUGGGGAUAUAAAUGCAAUGAAAUAAAUAAAUAUAACAAAUCAGAAUUCUCCCCCAUCCCUAGAUAUAAGGCAACUUUGGCAUGCUUCAGUUCUGAAACAUUCAAUUCAACCUAAUAGAAACGGUUCCUUAUAGAUUUUAGACAAUCUCUUUCUCACUUUUGUCUCUCAGUUGCCAUGUUUCUCCCCAAGAUGCUUCUUCAGCUCUUUAAAAAAUCUCCACAGAAACAAGACCAGCCAUUGUGAACAUGUUGUGAUAUUCACACUUCAUCUGCAAAGGAAACUUCCACAGAACUGAAAUGUUAACUCCCCAUAAUCUCUUGAAUUUCAGCACAGAGGCGUUUCAGAAAGGCGGCCGCAAGGGCGCCAAGAAAGUGAUGAUUGUCAUCACAGACGGAGAAUCACACGACAGCCCCGACCUCGAGAAGGUGAUUGAAGGCAGCGAGAAAGAUAAUGUCACCAGAUACGCUGUUGCGGUGAGUCUCCUUUUGGCACCACCUACUGGGAGCUUUGGCCAAAAUUGCUCCAGAGUGAAUGUAGAGUCAGGAUCAGGCUCUCCACCGGUGAAACCAUCAGUGCUGGUUUUCAGACAUUCUGCUUUUGAGGAUCGCAGUUGACAUUUACUUGACUGUCAGAGAAACCCUGGAUCUUGCAGCGCUUUCUGGAGUGUGUUCAAAGGUGCACUCGGGGAGCCAACUAUGUGUUAGGCUCAAUGCAUAUCUAGCAGUUCCAUCUCAGUUUUCCCUUUCAUUAAUUACACAUAGUGGGGGGUUGCUAUUAUUAUAAAGGGCAGGGAGGCAAUGGUUGCUUUUGCAUAUAAUGCUAAGCUAUGGUUGCUCAACAAACCAUGAGUCACUGCACAGAAAAGCAAACAAGCCAUGCUUUUUCCCCUCCAAAGUUUGGCUUGCUUACAGUCUCCCCUUGCCUAAACCCUCUGUAGCUUGGUGAGCAUCCAGGGUGAACUGGCCAAACAAACCCUAGCUAAGCAAGGGUGUUUGGUUCAGAGGUAAUGCCAAACCAUCGUUAAAACAAGCCACACUUUUGUAAUCCAGCAACAUCAUGGUCUUGCCAGAAAACAAACCAUGGUUGAGGCUGGGUCCAGACUUUCAAAGAAACGUCACUUAGGCUAAACAAACCAUGGCUUAGCAUUUUCUCCCCAGACAUAGAAGUACCGUACUUUUCCUUGUAUAAGACGAGGGUUUUUUCUUCAAAAAGUAUGUCAAAAAUUGGCAGUCGUCUUAUACAUGGGUAGUGGAUCUGGGGGACGUGGGAUUGGUUCAUUCUGCGACCCGGAGAUUGUCAGUGGGUAUUGGGUGCGUUAUUGGUGGCUGUGGAAAGGGCUGUUGUUGAUUGGCUGCCACUGCAGCAAAUGGGUGGGCAAUUGCCUGCUUUUGCCGGUGAGGGAACAGGUUUUGCGAUGCGUGUGAGAAGCAGCGUAGCUCAGGCGGGUGAGCUAUUUUUGGCAAUCCUCCCUUUAAAAAGCUCAUCGACUCUGGGCAAUCUCCCCCCAUUUUCUUAAUUUUGAGUCCUCAAAAAUAGGGGGCAUCUUGUACAUGGGGGUGUAUUAUACACGGGAAAAUACGGUAAGUUCAUUUUGGUGCCAAAGGUAUAGCAGACACAUGGCAUUGCUUGUAGAAGCCCCCAGUUUUAAUCCCUAUCAUUUCUAGUUUUAAACCAUUAGGGAUAGCAGCCUUGGAAAGGUCUUCUUCCUAUAGGAGCCACUCUCAGUAGACCUUAGGUGGGCAGAUUCAGCUCUUUAGUGCUGGAAAAGCCAACUGACAUUUGUUCUAAUUCAUUGGUAAAGAGUGAGUUUCUCUGAGGGAAAGCAGUGAGACGAGCGGAAAUCUGGAUGAGCCCUUAACCUCGCGCAGGAAUGUUCUUGACAAAUGCCUUUCAUUCUGCAGAAAAAAAUAUGAGGCACAUCUUUUUUCUUUCUAAUACAGGUUCUUGGCUAUUAUAACAGAAGAGGGAUCAACCCUGAAGCCUUCCUGAAAGAAAUCAAAUAUAUAGCGAGUGACCCAGAUGAAAAACAUUUUUUUAAUGUCACUGAUGAAGCUGCUCUCAAAGAUAUCGUGGACGCUCUGGGGGAAAGGAUUUUCAGCUUGGAAGGUGAGCUGCAGAGUUUGCUACUGCCUCAAGUUUCUCCAUCUCACCUGUCACACUUUUGAAAGGCAGGUCACGCCAGUCAGUCCUUUUGCAGAAAUGUGCAUAUUGGGCACAGUUGCAUGCAAACAUGUGUUUCACUAAAACACCAAUGAAUUUUUAUAAGGGCUUUAAAAAUAAUAAUAAAACCCUCUAACUGUUGCAGAAAUGUGGAGGACUAAAUUUGAGACAGAAAUAUUUAGCCUCAGAAAUAUUUAGCCUCUUCCUGAUGUUUAGUCAGAAUUUCCUUUCUUGUUAUUUGACUCUGUUGGUUCAAGUCCUACCCUCUGGAGCAGCAGAAAAGAAGCUUGCUCCAUCUUCCACCUGACGUGACAAGUAUUUGAAGGUGGCUGUCCUAUCACCUCUCAGUCUUGAGAGGUGAAGCUGUGAAGUUAUGUGGAAGUUGGUUCCAGAUUUCAGAAAGCAUAGGUUAAAAUUUGAUUCAUGCGAGUUCACCAGUGUUCUACUUCCUGUUCUGUCAAUUCCAGACCCCUAAUUCCCCAAACUGCAGAAAUUCCGUACCAAGCACUUAAUGCUGUAAAAUUAUGCUCAGAAGCGGUAGUUCAUUAUUAUUAUUUUUUCUUUCCCAUUGUCCCUGUUUGGCAUCUGACUGUUUUUUCCCCAUGGAAGGUGUCUGACAAUUCCUGAAAUGCCUUUCCCUUUUGUCUGCAGGCACCAACAAGCAUGAGAUAUCCUUUGGCCUCGAAAUGUCCCAGACGGGAUUUUCAUCCCAUAUUGUGGAAGUGAGUGAAUAACACUCUUGUUUUUGUCAUUUCCCCACCAUGAUUCAUGUGGCUUUGGCAUGUGGCUUUGGCAUGUGGAGAGCUUUUCGGUUGUGAUGGAUGGGGGCAUCUAAAGGCCCAUGUAUGGUAGCAGAUGAUACCUGGAUUAUUUAUGCACCCAAAACUGGAAGCCGUUGAGAUUCUCAGCUUCUCCGUGGGCCAAAAAAGCUGAUUUCCUGAUGCAAUUUGAAACAAAAGCAUUGAGCGAGGGGCCAGGAAUGUUCAGAUAUGUUUUCAUUUGGCUCCUUGUGAAAAGUGAUCCCAAGGAAUGGCUCCUCCAUUUAUUUCUGAGAAUGUGUUGACUGAAAAUUUAGAUGAAGCCAUUUUUAGUAUAUAUUUUUGCCAUCUCUGGGCUGGAUUGUUCUUGGCAUCAUGGACAAGACUUCCUAAGACUGACUCUCCUAUGAAGCAGCAGGUUAUGAGAGACUUGAAGUGGCGAGAAAUGGUUGGAUGUUGAAGUUAAUAGAAAAACCAAUUACAAGGGGCAGGGAGUUGCCAUUUGGAUUUUCACGCACCAGACUUUUAAAGCACUUGCCUUUACUCCUGGGAACUGCAAUUUACCUACCACAGAGCAAACAAACUACAGUUCCCAGGAUUCUUUGGGGGAAGCCUAAAUGUGCUCUAAAUGUAUGGUAUGAGUGCACCCACAGAUCCAGAUGCCUUCCAAAGAAGGCCUGGAAGUUACUGAGAGUUUCUGAGAGUUGCGCCUCUUCCUCUUCUGCAAGGACUCAGGGAACAACUCUUGGUUCCUUCUAUGUAGCUGCUUGACAUGCAAAAAAACCCAACCAGUAGGUGUAUCCCAAUUUCCAUGCUAGACAAAGCCACACCAGUUGAAUCUCUGCCUACCCUACUGCUGCUGAAGACACAGGAGUUCUGGCCAUAAUGAAAGAAACAGUGACAGCCUUACUCUCAGCCUAUGGUAGUUUUUGGCCAGAAGGGGAGCUUUGAUUAUAAAUUGAUUUACUUUGCUCUUUUCACAAGGACUGAGCUGAUGCUGGUGGGGAUUUUUUUCCCUGGUGUGUGUUUUUUCUAAAGUUGCACUGCCAAAAUUGACAAGUCUGGAGGAACUGGCAAGUCUCAGAAUAUUUCACUUGCUGACUUGGCAGAGGCUUUCUUGCACAUUCCCAGAGCUCCUUUAAAUACUGGAAGCUUCUCUCGCUGUAGCUAAAAUGCAGAUUAUAAGCCAAUGUGCUGGACGGUUUUAAAUAACAAUACCAAAAGCGAUGCCAGUGGUCGAAUGCCAAGGGAAGCUGUGCGGGUGGCUGUUCCUUUUGAGGGACAGAGACCAGGACACGCGAGAGCCAAGAAGAAGGAAACUGCCAAACUGCUCCCAAAAUUACACAUCAAUUGCCUAAUAUUCCGGCCAUCAAUGAUUCAGCAUCUAAUUUAGGACUUAUCAACACUGAUCUUUCCUCUGCUCUUUCCAGGCAAAGUCCACAGUUCAAAGCUCCAUGUCUGAGCACCCUUUUUUAUUGAUCUGGAGCUUUCCCCGCAAAUACCCGCUCUUUAAAGCUGAAUUGGAGCAAAAGGCAAUUAUGGAAAACCCGAAGCGAUGUUUGCUCUGAUUGAAUGUUAAAGAGCAGGUUUUCAUGUGGGAAGUUCGGGGCAUUCAGACACAAAGCUUUAAAGCUCAAACCAGUGUGGAUAAGCUCUUUAUUGCAGCAAAGGCCUAACACACACCAACAUGCUCAGGAAGAUGAGCUCUACCACAUACAAAGAGUCUCCCAGAAUUGCCUGUUAGGAAAAUUCAGCACACACACUUUAUACCAUAAUUCCUCACCCUAUUCUGUAUGCAAUUCUAAGUCUCUAGAUAGAAGAAAGGUAGAAAAUGAAUAAAGUUUGAGGAUAGCGAUAUGGAUAGGGGUGCAAAUUGAUUCACUUCAUAUCCAAAAGCAACCCUACAAACCGUAUGUUCCGGCGUACAAGGCGACUUUUUAAAAUCACCCCAAACGUUGGGGGUCGUCUUAUACAUGUUGGGAAGGAGGAGAGGGAGCUGGUGAGCAGAGGCACCCCUUCUGCCAUCGCUCCUCCUCCCUCCCCACAGAAGGGGACGCGGAAAGUCCUUCCGAGCGCAGCGCUCACCCGCCUGCCAAACACCUUGCCUCGGGCUGCUGCUGAUGCUGCAACGGCAGAGGCAGCGGAUGGGUACGCGCUCUGCCCCUGGCGGCGCUCAAACUCUAUAACUCUAAAACUCUAAAACUGAACAGCAAAAGUUGGGGGUCGUCUUAUACGCCCAAUCACCUAAUACGCCGGAAUCUACAGUAAUUUAAACGUAUCAAACCACACUUCUCUUAAUUUUGCAAUGCAGUUCUUUAGUCAAGUAAUGUGUGCAAAAAUGCAUAUGCUAGGGUAAAGUGUGCUCAGAGAGGCAUAUAUUUGUGGAAACAGCAUACAAAAAUACAUUAUAUUAGGAAUUGCUUUGCAACAAAUGUGUAUACAGUUUUAGGAGAAAAUUUCACUGAAAUGCUGGUGCUUUCUUGUGUCACAGCCGGAGGUGAGAUCUUUAGCAUGUAGAAAUGUCAAACUUGUCUCUGUGUGUGUAUGCCUCAAGCAUACAUGUACCAAUAUCUUAGGGCUCAUUCAUACUUGUACUUGACCCAUACUGUGUACCAAUUAAUUCCCCUGGUUUGAGAGCUUUUCUCAUUGUUCCAUGGCUGCCACUUGCAAAAAUCCAUUUUUAUCCAUUAAAUCAGAUCUUAUCAGACACUCCAGAGGGAAAUUUGGCAUGUGAGCUUUAAAUCAGUGGGUAAAAUGGGAUUUUUGUAAGUCACAGCCAGGGAAAAACAAAGAAAGCUCUUGGACCCUGGGGGAUUAAUCAGUACAGUGGUGCCUCGCAAGACGAAAUUAAUCCGUUCCGCAAGAGUCUUCGUCUAGCGGUUUUUUCGUCUUGCGAAGCAAGCCCAUUGACGGAUUAGCGCUAUUAGCGCUAUCAGCUGUUUAGCGGCUAUUAAAGGCUUAAAGGCUUAGGGGAUUAGCUGCUAAAAGGCUAUUAAAGGCUAUUAAAGGCUUAGCAGAUUAGAUAAAGGGGGAAAAGCAAAAAAAUCUCAGGACUCGCAAGGUAUUUUCGUCUUGCGAAGCAAGCCCAUAGGGGAAUUCGUCCUGCGAAGCAACUUCAAAACGGAAAACCCUUUCGUCUAGCGGUUUUUCCGUCUUGCGAGGCAUUCGUCUUGCGGGGCACCACUGUACACAAUAUAAUCAAAAUACAGCUCAAGCAAAAGUGUGGUUGAGCCCUUAGAAAUUGCCAAUAGCUCCUUUGUCUUCCCCCAUGACCAGGAUGGGAUUUUGCUUGGAGCUGUGGGGGCCUACGACUGGAACGGAGCAGUCCUCAAGGAGACCAGCAGCGGCAAAGUCGUUCCUCACCGAGAAUCCUACCUCCAGGAGUUCCCAGAGGAGCUGAAAAAUCACGGAGCCUAUCUGGGUAAGAGGAAUCACCAGCAAUUGCUGGGCAAGGGAAGCAGUUCGUCCCUUCUGGACCUCAGACUAUGCAAUUGCUUAGGGAAGGGCUAAAAUGUAAGCAGAUCAUGGUGUAGAGCAGGGGUCAGCAAACUUUUUCAGCAGAGGGCUGGUCCACUGUCCCUCAGACCUUGUGGGGGGCAGGACUAUAUUUUUUUUGUGGGGGGGAAUGACAAAUUCCUAUGCCCCACAAAUAACCCAGAGAUGCAUUUUAAAUAAAAGGACACAUUCUAUUCAUGUAAAAACACACUUAUUCCCGGACCAUCUGCUGGCCAGAUUUAGAAGGCGAUUGGGCUGUAUCCGGCCCCCGGGCCUUAGUUUGCCUACCCAUGGUGUAGAGUGCACCAGUCUCUGGGCUGUGGCUGGCAUCUGGAGCAACAGUGCCAGGGAGGUGAAGCUUGUGUGACUUGCAUGAUUCUUUGUCAAUUUAUCCGUUUGUUGUAAGAAUUUAUAUCCUGCUUUUCUGUACUCAGUGCCUAAAAUGACCAACAACACAGUGAAAUAACAUAUAAAAAAUAUUACCAAAAAAUGAUAAGAUGAAAAAUGUAUUAAAUGGUAGUCAGUUAUCAUAGAUGUCCUACAAUUAGUCCACCCCCCACCCUGAAAUGCAGGAAUAUGCAGCUGUCCUAUGCGGGGAUUGAACCUGCAACUGGCAUUAUCAGCAUCAUGCUCUAACCAACUGAGCUACCCAGGCAUAAAAGGUAAAGGUAAAGGGACCCCUGACCAUUAGGUCCAGUUGUGGCCAACUCUGGGGUUGCGGCGCUCAUCUCGCUUUAUUGGCCGAGGGAGCCGGCGUACAGCUUCCGGGUCAUGUGGCCAGCAUGACUAAGCUGCUUCUGGCGAACCAGAGCAGCGCACAGAAACGCCGUUUACCUUCCUGCCUGAGAGGUACCUAUUUAUCUACUUGCACUUUGAUGUGCUUUCGAACUGCUAGGUUGGCAGGAGCAGGGACCGAGCAAUGAGAGCUCACCCCGUCACGGGGAUUCGAACCACCGACCUUCUGGUCGGCAAGUCCUAGACUCUAUGGUUUAACCCACAGCACCACCCGCGUCCCUGGCAUAGUUAUUACCAAAAGCCAGUAAACAGUGCAUCAGAAUAAAAAUGGAUGAUUCAGGUUAAAACAAAAUAAACCCACCAGGUUAUAAGGCCAGAUGAAAUAGAAAAUCUUUAGCAGCUGGGUGGAAGAUGAGGCUGUCUGUGGCUGCUAGGCAUGAGGACUAUGCUCAGACUGCACAGUCGGAGGCAGCAGUGCUUCUGAGUGGGUCCCACUUGCAGGCUGAUCCAGCACGGCUGUUCUUGUGAUUCCCUCUGCAUAACAUGCUACCUUGUUUUCUGUCUGCCUUCCUGUCUUUCUGUCUGUGUGCGCUGCAGGUUACACCGUCACCUCAGUGGUGUCGACAAGACUUGACAGGAUUUACGUCGCUGGAGCACCCCGCUUCAACCACACGGGGAAGGUUAUCAUUUUCACGAUGCACACCAACAGGAAUCUGACCAUUCACCAGUCUCUGAAAGGAGAGCAGGUAAAUUGGGCAAGGGGGGGGGGCAUUGCUUUGGGGUUGCAGAAGAUCUAAACAAGGCAGUUAGUCCAGUAUGAGACUGAUCAUUUCGCUGUGGGUAUAUUCAAAGGUCCGUCCCUAGUCUUCAAGGACCACCUCUUUCCAUAUGAACCUACCCGGACCCUGAAAUCAUCUGAGGCCCUCCUUUGUGCCCCCCCUCCUCCUCAAGAGGUUUGGAGGGUAGCAGGCCUUCUCUGCAGUGGCUCCCUGUCUGUGCAAUGCUCUCCCCAGGGAAGUUCACCUGGCACCUUCAUUACGCGCCUUUAGGUGCCAGGCAAAAACAUUGCUUUUUAACCAGGCCUGUGGUUAAUCCAAUUUGCAUCCUAUCCCUUUUAAAAUGUGGGUUUUUUUGGAGGGGGUAUUGGGUUGUUGUUCUUAUUUUUAUUAGGUAUUUUUGUGGUAUUUUGUGGUUUUAUAUCUUGAUUUUAUUCUGUGAACCGCCCUGAGAUCCCCAGGUAUAGGGCUGUAUAUAAAUUUAAUCAUAAUAAUCAUAAUAGUCUGAGCAUCCACUGCAACAAUUCAUAGAAUCAUAGCAUUGUAGAGUUGGAGGGGACCCUGAGAAUCAUCUAGUCCAACCCCCUGCAAUGCAGGACUAUGCAGCUGUCCAUAGAGGGAUCAAACCUGCAACCUUGGUGUUAUCAGUACCAUACUCUAACCAACUGAGCUAUCCAUUUUCCAUAAGCAGAACACAGAAUCCAACAUCUGGAGAAUCUCCAGUACCAUUUUAAAGCAAAAAACCACCCUCAUUCCCCUGUGACUGCAGAGAAAUGUGUGGUCGUACUUCUGUACUAACUCCUUCAAGAGGCUGAUGGAGCAUGCGUAGUGAAUGCCAUCCUUACAACCUCUCCUUCAAGGAAUCCAUUGUUGCCAGUGGACGUCACUAUUUGCUGCAACAGGAACAAGGAAUCAUGUUCAACCCAAGGGCCACAUUCCAUUCUGGGCAGCCUUCCGAGCGCCAUGUCCCAAUGGUGGGUGUGGCCAGAGGCAAAAGUGGGUGGAGCAACACAUGUAAAUUUUGUGCUUGUACAGUAGGCUAGUUUCAGCACUCACUUAGCCAUUCCCCUCUCUGUAAGAGGCAUUGCCAGAGAUUAGGGGCACACUCUAGCCAGGCAAAACCGCUUGGGGAGUGAAGCAGGUGUGUGGCCUGGGGAGAGUUCUAGAGGCCAGAUAGAGAGUCCUGAGGGGCCACAUUCAACCCCCACGCCUGGGGUUUCCCACCCCUCUCCUUCACAAAUGAGGUCCAUAGAUACUUUAAUUUGCUAGUAUAAGGCCUAUCGUCUCUUGGUUUCAGUGGGUGACUUUGAGUUUUUCAGACGCUUGGGAGUUAGACAGCAAUGUCAUAUCUUCUAGAUACCUCAGCAUAGACACAAUAUUGUCUGUAAAGAUGUUCCAUCCUGGAGGUCAGUCAAGAAACUGUUAGACUUGAAGAUUGCAUUUUACUUGCUGCAAAUCAGCUUGGAUCCCAUCAUAAAUAAAUUAAUCAUUCUCAUCGUAGUCUUUGGGCAAAAAAGGAAUGAACUCAGGAAGCAGCAUCAUAGAGACAAGCCAUGAGUAUGAUCCUUAAUCUUCCAGGAUCAAAGUUUUGAGUCUGCCUUUCUUUGUUCCCGAGGGAGAUGUCUAGACAAGGAGAUGACAGAUUGCUUCCGUUUCGAAAUACCUCUCAUUCCAACGGGAUCAUUUAAGAUGCCAUUAAUUUCUCGGAAGCAAAUGGAGAUAUAAAGACACACAACACUCUAGCACUCGUACCAUACAUGCACACAUAUGUCAAUGUAUUCUUUUUUCCCAGAUCGGUGCCUACUAUGGAAGUGAAAUCAAUUCUGUAGAUAUUAAUGGCGAUGGCGUCACGGACGUUUUGUUGGUUGGAGCCCCAAUGUAUUUCAGCGAAGGAAGAGAGAGGGGGAAGGUGUAUGUCUACACCCUAAAAGAGGUAAUUUACUUGGUCUUGUUCCCUACAAGCACAAAACAAUUUAAAAAUUUGUUUAUAUUUCCCACCUCUUAUUGGGGAAGGGCCAUUGAGGCUCAGCAGCUGAGGACCUGCUUGGACUGCAGAAGGUUCCAGGUUCUAUCCCUGGUAUCCGCAGGUAUGGCGUGGAGAGAGCCCUGCUGGAGAGCUGCUGCCAGUCCGUGUGGACAGUACUGAGCUAGAUGGACCAAUGAUCUGAAUCAGUAUAAGGCAGUUUCCUGUGUUGGUUCUAAAAUUAAUUGCCAAAACGGGAAAGGCCGUAGCUCAGUGGCAGAAUUUCUGCUUCGCAUGAAAAAGGUCCAAGGUUCGAUCCCUGGUAUCGUGAGAAUGUCAAACUGGACAUGACUUUAAUUUCACUUACACAAUUAAUGUACUAUGUAAUUUAUACAAUUGCAUAAUUAAAUUUUGGUUGCCAUAGGUCCAGUUUCAAUGGCGGAAGUGUCUGGGGGGGGAUUUCCAAACAGCAGCUUAUUUCUCAAAAAUAGCUCAACCAAUUUGGCCUUUUUCUAAAACAAGCUCAACAACUUAGGGAAAUUUCUCUCAAGAAAGCGCAACGAUUUGUUUGUGUGUGGCUUUUCACUUCUUGAAAUGUGGCAACCCUAAUUAACUUUAAUGAUGUAAAUAGCAAAUCAAGGAAGCUUGAGUGGAGGGAGAGGAGAAAUCAAACACUUUCUCUCCCUGCUACAGUCCUGACAAACAUUGGCUCUCCAAAGGUCCUGUUUGCAUGUCAAGGGAAACUUCCCCGGGCACCAAUGAAGGCUUCCCUUCAAAGGCAAAUAGUGUCUUUAGAGAUAGCAGGGGCAGAAAAGCUUGAGCACCCUCUCUCCACCCUCUCACUCCAAGUCCUGAGGGUGCUUAAGCUUCCCUACAUCAAAACAUUUACCGUAUUUUUUGCUCUAUAAGACUCACUUUUUCCCUCCUAAAAAGUAAGGGGAAAUGUGUGUGCAUCUUAUGGAGCGAAUGCAGGCUGCGCAGCUAUCACAGAAGCCAGACCAGCAAGAGGGAUUGCUGCUUUCACUGCACAGCGAUCCCUCUUGCUGUUCUGGCUUCUGAGAUUCAGAAUAUUUUUUUUGUUUUCCUCCUCCAAAAACUAGGUGCAUCUUGUGGUCUGGUGUGUCUUAUAGAGCAAAAAAUAUGGUAUAUAAAAUAGGAACAAAAGAAGGGCCUUCUGGAUCAGGCCAAUGCCUUUUCUUGUGCAGCAUCCUUUCCACACAGUGGCCAACCAGAUGCGAGCAGGACCUGAGAGCAACAGCAAUUCUCACCACUUGUGACUUCCAGCAUCUGGCGUUCAGGGUCUCACUGCCUCCAACAGGGGAGGGAAAGCAUAGCCGUUGUGGCUACUUCAUCCAUACAACCAACAGUUUCCCUCUGAAUGUAAAGCUUACAUUUGUAGAAUGAGUAUUUGGUUUCCUUUCCUCUUUCCACCCCUUAUCAAACAACGCCAAUUGUUGUUUUGCUCUCUUUUUCUGCCGGCCAUCUUUACAUAUUGCAUAAGGGUGAAUCAUUUUUCUGCCCAGACUGAACUGUCGGAUUUCUCUCUCUCCGCAGAGUUGCUUAUUUGGGGGCAUUUGGCAGAAAAAAAACAAUGUCUGCGGGUGUGAGUGAUAUAUAAGCUCUUUUCUUCAAAGGAUCGAUUUGUUUCCAAUGGGACUCUGGAAGAUUUGCCAGGCUACCAGAACUCCAGGUUUGGCUCCUGCAUAGCUGCCGUCUCCGAUUUGAAUCAGGACUCCUACAACGAUGUCGUUGUGGGAGCCCCGCUUGAAGAUGAGCAUCAGGGAGCAAUAUAUAUCUUCCAUGGCUACAAGGAAAACCUCGUACGGCAAUAUAAGCAGGUAGAGUUCUCAUGUAGGGUGAAGGGCAAGAAGGCAUUUCUUUAAAAUGACCAAAGAUGCCUUAAUACAUUUUUCUGAGGAAAAAUUCUGAGAUUUUUUUCCCUUCCUCUGACCUCAGAAAAAGAAGGCCACUGUACAGAAUGUUCUCUGAAUAUUAUCCACCAUAUUUUUGUGUGUGACAGCCACCAUUUCUCUGUGGCAGCCAGGCUCAUGCAGCCGGGGGGAGGGGCAGCUGGGUACAUUUGCCCAGGGCCUCAGAGGCCUAAGAUGCUUGGGGUGCCCCACCAGGGACUGGUUGCCUUUUUGUUUGUGUUUAUAACUUUAUUCUAACAAGACUGCUGCCCCGGGUCUCAGACAAGCUCUGCAUGGGCCUAGUGGCAGCCUCUUAGUUUUGGGACUCCCUCUCCACAUAGGUUUAUCCAGUGGUGAAGGAAGGCUCUCCGGCACCCAGAGCGGGGUGUCGAGGGACGGGGUGAACCACCCACAGGGGCGAGGCAAACCACCCAGCGGUACAUGCACAGCGUCGAUAUAGACGGCGCAUGCGUGGUGCCGAUAUGGAUGGCACUUGAGCGGCACCCAUACCAACGGCGCGUGCACGUUCUCAGCCGCUCUACAGCGAGUGUAGGCCUCGGCCGCCUGCCAUUUUGUCACCCACCCUCAGGGUGACACCCAGGGUGGACCGCCGCCGCCCCUUCCUAUGCCCCUGGGUGUAUCUGGCUUCUUCACUAUACAUCUUUUGGCGAACGGUAAGAGGUACCUCUUUUUACCCUGGCGUUUACCUGGGAUGGAUGUUUUCCGGGUCCACGCUAUUCUGGUAACUCAGCUAUACAGCUGCAAAUACAACAUUUUAAGUGUGUUUUAAGUGCAUUAUGCAAAUGUGACACUCGAUGGCGAUGGUGAGCUUAUGGCAAAUUCUAUAUAUUUUUCAAAACGCUUUAAGAAAAAGCAUUUUCACAGUGUGUGUUUUUUUAAUGUGUGUCAAGAUUCCACUUUAAUCUGUUUUAACUGUUUUUAAUUAUGAAAUUUAAAUUGUGAAUUGUGACCUGCUGGUGAAUUGUGACCUGCAAGGCAGGAAGGCAGCAAAGGUCGGGGCAUCACCAGUGUGAGUGUCAGAUUGGUCCCCCCUGCAUUCCUGUCCACACAGCCCUGACCUCGCCUCCUGCAUCCCAGCUAAGCAGCAGUGGCACAACCUCAGCAAGCUGGCAACUCCUACCAACACUCCUAAGUACCUGCUGGAUUCUUUUGGGUACCCACCCUUGCGAGAGAGAAAAUGUGAAAACAUGCCAUCACUUUUGUACAGCGUCUGCUUGCACCAGGAUACUGAACAGGAUUCUCCUCUUGUCAUUUUUCAGAGAAUUACGGCAGCUGAAAUUUCUCCAGGCUUAAUGUAUUUUGGAUGCAGCAUCCAUGGCAACUUGGACCUGAAUGAAGACAGGCUUGUGGACCUCGCCGUUGGCUCACUGGGAAAUGCUGUAUUAUUAUGGUUUGUUAUGGAGGAUUUAUGGCUGGUGGGGCUACUUUUCAGAGCAAGGCUUGUUUGUAGAAUCUGACUGCUGGAAGAUUUGGGGCAGAUAAAAGCAAGCCCUUUUUCACACAGUGCAUUGUUAACUAUGGCACUUGCUUCCACUGGAGGCAGUGAUCGUCACCAACCCUGCCUCACGCUGAGAAAGGGCCAAGGGGGUCUUUCUUCAGAGGGAACCAUUCUGGACAAGGUGGCUAGGAAAGUGCCUGUACCACUCCUGCUUUACCACAGCAGCCAGAAGUUCUAUUCAAACGUAGGUAAAAAUUUAAAGUUAAAUUACUUUACUUGAUCUACUCAAAUUUAGGUUACCUUAAACUCUGACCCACACAUCUGAAUUGGUAAUUGAAUUUCUGGGUUGGCUCAGGAUAUAAUCAAACUUUUCCUCUUCUCCAUAAGGUCCCGCAGUGUGGUGCGGAUCAAUGCCAGUCUCAGGUUUGAGCCAUUCAAGAUCAACAUCUUCAACAAGGACUGCACUCGGAACGGGAAGGACGCCACUUGCCUGUCUGCAUUUCUUUGCUUCACUGCCAUUUUCCUCUCGGCUCACUUUCAGACGGCAAGCGUGAGUAAGUGGAGAUCCCAGAUUUCUGUCUAGAUUUGCUCUCCCCACAAGGUGACAGUGUCCUACUCUCUCCAAAACUGCUCUUCAGAGAGACUUGGGGGUGUAUCUAAGGCAGCACUAAGUUAUACCAACGUAGAGGUCUGCUUCUUCCGCUGGUGAAAUGUUUUGUGCCAUUGGAGCUAUCUAUCUCAAGAGAAUGCAUAAGCAAGUUUCUGGUAACUUGGGACUCAGCUACAUUAGUCAAAAUACAGCACUAUAAAUGCAUUAUAACACUGCGACACCAGAUGGCGAUAUAGAGCUGAAAUCACAACUCAGUGAUAUUUUCAAUUGUGAUGUGAGCUUUACAACAGUUUUUUGUAGAGCGUUUUUUUAUAGCUGUGUAGAUCCAGCCUUGGUUGCGCAGUGCAUUUCUGCUAGCACAACUGUUGUGUUGGAUCCUUCUGUUGCGCAACAUUAAAACUGCAAGAAUAUAUAGCUGUCCCUUACAGGGAUCGAACCUGCAACCUUGGCAUUAUCAUCAGCACCACACUCUAACCAGCUAAGCUAUCUGCUCUCACUAUGGUUCUGUAAUUCACUGUGCAUGUGCAAAUCAUUUUGAACCAAUCAUUUCAGCGCUGAAUUACAACAUCACCAUUGACGAGCGACGGUACAUCCCACGAGCCCAUCUGGAUGAGAAUGGAGACAGGCUCACCCACAAGACGGUUACAUUGUUUGCAGGGCAAGAAUGGUGCGAUAAGCUGAAUUUUCAUGUCUUGGUACGUGCUUGGAUCUCUAAAAGUUGAGUUUCCUUGCCAGGAAGUGCAGUUUAGUCUUGAGCUAUGCAUUCAAAAUACCAGAGACCAAUUGUUUGUUAGUGCACCAAGAAAUGUUGCUUUAUAUGCCCAACUUUGUGUAACAUCUCUUUGGAAAAAAUAAAAUAAUAAUAAUAAUAAUAAUCAUGCACCAACUACAGAAAUGUUUAUGAGCCACUGUGCUCACACAUACCUGUUUAGGUGAGUUUCCCUGUAUAGUUACCGUGAGACAAUGUCUACUUGCCACGGGCAACCAGAUUGCAUGUCUUUUUACAACUCUGGUGAAUAGUUAAGGAGAAAUGUUUCCCGUUCAACUUAUGCUUGCUGGGCUCUUGUUGCAAAAGUGAAAACUGAGGGUAAUGGUGAUUGCUUUCUCCUAUCCUAGGACACAGCCGAUUAUGUGAAGCCAGUGACUUUCUCUGUCGAUUAUGCCUUGGGUAGCCCUGACAAUGGACCGGUGAUGGAUGGCGGCUGGCCUACCUCGCUAAAAGUUGCUGUGCGUAACUGUCGUUACAUUGGAGGGAAGGUGGAGAGGCAGCCUUGGAAACACUGCAGUGUAUUUUGUCCAUUGAUCUUUUUGGGAACUUGUCCCUAUAGGCUGUGUCCAAGAAAUAUUCAGGACAAGAUUUUGGCCUUCCAGGGCCAGGAGCCCAAGAGUAAGAGGAUUGGGGGGGGGCAGGUCAGUGAAGUAUAGGGGGCGGAGGAAUGUGGAAGAGCUGACCAGGAACCAAAGUGUGUUGUUUUUAUUAUUUUACUUAUUCUUUACACUUAUAUUCUGCAUUUCCUCCAAGGAGCUCAAAGUGGGUGUGCAUGGCUCUUUUCCUCCCCCAUUUCAUCCACACAACAACCCUGUGAGGUGGGUUAGGAUGAGAGGCAGUUACUGGUCCACCCAGUGAGUUUCUUGGUCGUGUGGGAAUUUGAACCCUGGCCUUCCGGGUCCUAGUCUGGCACUCUAACCACAACACCACACUGGAUCCCAUGCAUAUUCACAGCAAAAAUGUGGUUUGAAAAUUUGUAUAAAUCAAACAGUAAUAACGUGCAAGGCUGCCUAAACAUAUGAAAGGAGGGAAAGCCUGUUGUUUGUGGAAGUCACCUGGUCCUCAUUUUUCAAUCCAGAUGCUGAGACGUAUGAGCUAACUAAAUUGCCUCUCUGGGCUUCGCAUAUUGGUUGGGACAACCAGAAAGCCAGCAGAUGUAUUAUGUGUGUGGUCAACCUUUCUGCAGAGUGUCAUGCCUGGCACAACAUCAAAUCCUACAUAUUGUUUCUAUGUUUUUUAAAAAAAGUAUUGUAUUGUGAGCCAGUGUGGUGUAGUGGUUAAGAGCGGUAGUCUCGUAAUCUGGGGAACCGGGUUCGUGUCUCCGCUCCUCCACAUGCAGCUGCUGGGUGACCUUGGGCCAGUCACACUUCUUUGAAGUCUCUCAGCCCCACUCACCUCACAGAGUGUUGGUUGUGGGGGAGGAAGGGAAAGGAGAAUGUUAGCCGCUUUGAGACUCCUUCGGGUAGUGAUAAAGCGGGAUAUCAAAUCCAAACUCUUCUUCUUCUUCUUGUAACUCGGGUUACCCAGAACUGUUCAGGGUACCUAGUUUAUAGACAUCUUCUUUAUCCUUCCAUAUAAAAACCAGAGAAUCCUCAGAGGCUUGCAGGGUGCCGGUGACCCAGGAGAGGGCCUGCUUUGUGGUGGCCCCCAAGCUGUGGAAUGCCCUCCCCACAAAGGUGCAUCUGAUACCUUCAUUAUACAGCUUCUGAAGGAUGCUGAAGAUGCACCUCUUUACCCUGGCUUUUGACACUUGAGGAUGCACAUUUUUCGGACCCACCUUAUUUUUUAUGAUUGUCAGUUGUUUUAAACUGUUUAAAUGUUGUUACCUAUCCUGGGAGCUUAGGGUGAAGGUUGGAAAUAAAUACUUUUCCUUCUUGUUUCAUAGGUACCUUUCUGGAACGGAUGCAACGAGGACGAGCAUUGCAUCCCUAAUUUGGUCCUUGAUGCUAAAACUGAUAUCCCAACUGCCAUGUGAGUAGCUCAUCUGGAGUGAGAGGGAUUUGAGAAAUCAGAUUGCAGGGUUACCACUCUUAGAACAGGAGUGGGGAACCUUUGAUGCUUCACAUGUUGCUGAACUACAACUGCCAUCAGCCCCAGCCAGCAUGGCCCGUGGCCAGGGAGGAUGGAAAUUGUAGUUCAGCAACACCUGAAGAGCCAAAGAUUUCUCACACUUAUCUUAUAGGUUAUUGUGAUGUCAUCCUAAAUUUGGCCAUUUCUUUUCCUCUUGUUUGCAGUACCUUUGGGGACAAAACAGAGCAGGGGAGGGGGGUUUGGCUGGGAACCAGAUUGGGAACACAGAUCGGAAGCACAGCAUAGGAUUUGGGGGACUCUGGCUACUUUUCUUUCAAGUGGCAAUAGCAUUAUAAUUUUAUUAUUUGUUUGAUUUUUGUUCCUCCAGUUGAAAUCCAUGGGUAGUGUCCAGUAUAAUUAACCACCAUCCCAAAAUACUUCACACACAAACCCCAUUUCUUUAAAACUACAGCCUAGAAUGAGAGGCUUAAUUCUUAAAGACCUGGCAAAACAAAUACAGUUGUACCUUGGAUCCCAAAGGCCUUGGUACUCGCCUGUUUUGGCUCCGCAACCCCGGAAAUGAGUGUUCCGGUUUGUGAAUGUUCGUUGGAAGCGUCCGACAGAACUUCUGCAGCUUCUGAUUGGCUGCAGGAGCUUCCUGCAGCCAAUCAGAAGCUGUGCCUUGGUUUCCGAACGUUUUGGAAGUCGAACGGACUUCCGGAACGGAUUCCAUUCGACUUCCGAGGUACCACUGUAACUAUCUUUAAGUGGUGCUGAAGGACAGCAAUGAGAAGCACAACUGUAUUUCCCCAGGGAGGGAGUUUCAGCCUCUGGGUGCCAACACUGAGAAGACCAUCUUGUGGAAUCCCACCAACUUCCCAGUGCUGGCACUGCAAGAAAGCUUUUUUUAAAAAAAUAAAUAAUGUGUGAUUAACAUGUGUAAUUUGGCCUUGUCUCUAUAUUGAGCUUGUGAAAAUAAAUUGGGAACACCCUUUCUAGUUUAAGAGACCCCCCAGGACACUGUCCGAUAAGAAUGCCAUGUAGAAUAUGAAUGCCUUCCUUCCAGGUCCAUUGGCUUACGUGCUUCACUGUUCAGCCUCUUGCUUUAGCGCUGGGCCCUUGCCUGUUUCUUGUUGGUGCUGCAGUGUGACCAAGGCACUUUGGGCGUUGACAGGCUGCCCCCUGGGAGACUGUGGGGAGUCUCCUUCAUGCGCAGUUGCAGGGAGGGUGGACGCUUCUUCCUGGGCUGCUGCUUUAAUGUUUGCUCUUUUCAUAGGGAGUAUUGCAGACGUGUCCUGAGAAAGUCGCAUUCGGAUUGCUCCGCCUACACGCUGUCUUUUGACACCUCCAUUUUUGUCAUAGAAAGUGCCAGGAGGAGGGUGGCAGUGGAAGCUACGCUGGAGAACAGAGGAGAAAAUGCAUAUAACACCGUUCUAAACAUUUCGUUCUCGAGGAACCUGAAGUUUGCCAGCUUGAUCCAGAAGGUAAGGAGUCUCUGAAUGGAAGGGAGGAGAAAACACAAAGAGAAAUACACAAGUAGCCAACAGUUGCAGGAAGGAGGUCAUGCACGCCAAAGCUCAGGCUUGCAAAAGAGGUUAAAAAUAAUAUUAAAAUGUUCCUUUGGCUAUGUUCAAAGCAAGAGGAAGAACAAGCAAGUGGUAGCUUCUCUGCUCUCUAUUGGCUCCUCAUCCAGUUCUGUCCUGGGCCUGUUGUUGUUCAACACCUUUAUAAACAAAUUGCAUGAAGGAAUUGAGGGGCUGUUCAUCCAAUUUGCAGAAGACACCAAACUGGAAGGGGUAGCUAAUGCAGAGGUUGGAUGGCCAUCCAUCAGAGAUUCUUUAGCUGUAAUUCCUGCAUUGCAAGGGGUUGCAACCCUUCCAAUUUUAUGUUUCUAUGAUUCUGUUAUUCCCCUACAAGGAAAGGUUGCAGUGUUUGGGACUUUUUAAUUUAGAAAUAGGCCUUCUUCAAGCAGUGCAUAUUUAAGCUAUGGAACUCACGUCCACAAGAAGUUGGUUCUGGCCACCAACUUGGAUGCCUUUAAAAGAGGAUUAGACAAACUCAUGGAGAAUACAAGCUAUCGAUGGCUUCUAGCCAGGAUGGCUCUGCUCUGCCUCCACAGCUGGAGGCAGUAAUGCUUUUGAAUACCAGUUGCUGGAAACCACAGGAGGGGAGAGGGCUCUUAUGCCCAGGUCCUGCUUGCUGGUGUCCCAUAAUCAGCAUCUGGUUGGCCACUGUGAGAAUGGGAUGCUGGACCAGCUCGGCCAUUGGCCUGAUCCAGUAGGCUCUUCUUAAUGGUCUUAUGAGCUUUCGCAUCACAGGAAGUAAGGACCAAGCGGGAUGUGAUGUUGACUGCAACUGUGCAUUUUCCAUGCCCCCGCCACCCGCAUGCUAACUUUUCAUAAAAGAAAAAUUGCAAACUGAUGCAGAAGUAGGGGAAAUUGAAUUUAGCCUCAGGGGGGAAAAAGAAAAACCAACCUUGCCAAAGUCAUCCGUCCUCAUUCCAGACACAUGUUUUUACCGCGUACCCACUUCUGGCAUUCCAGGGCAGGAGAAAGGUGGAGGAAUUUCAGGGGAAAGAUGGUGGGUGGCAAAAGUUUGGAGCAUCCCUGCUGCUUCUGCUGUGCAAGUCUUCCUCUUCCAGAGUCGCUCCAUCUAGAAGAAGCGGCCAUCAGGUUUUCAUUAAAUGCAUUUCCUUGUAAAACACAGUCCCACCAUCAGAAUCUAAAGCAUCUGUAACGCAUCAACCAGCCUGUCCUCAGCUCUCCAUGUGGCACUGUUCUCCUAGCAGAAUCCUUUGACCUGUCUUAUUCCUGAAGGACCACGGCUUCCUUGGCCAGUUAUCCCCAGUUCAGGAAACCGAGGUGGUCUUGGGCAGGUGUUGAGGCUGCGCACAGCCCCCCAGAUUGGGCCAACCUGACCCACCCUGUCUCCAACCCCAAAUCAAUUCAGGGGCAGGACUAAUGCUUUGCUAGGGUUUUUAAAACCCUGAUUGAGCAUACAGUCAGGUGAGGGAACAGGGAAGAAGGAGGUGAUGUGCCUCCUUUGCAUCCCAAACAAGAGCAAGAAGGUUCGGUCCUGCUGUGAUCAGGGCUCUCUUUGGAAGGAGAUUCCCACGAUAAAAAUCAUAUUUGAGUCUUGUAUUGGGGAGAGAAAUAGCUCUACGGCAACAAGAUGAUUGACCUUCACUAGUGUUGCCUUGCUGCUAGGCAGCAGAGCCCAGUGAAGACCCCCAAGGUGAGGGAGUGGGGCAGAGCAACUGCAACUCACGCAGCACAUGAUGGAAACACUUCUUGAUAUCCCACUUGCUGGAAAUCACAGGGUGGCCUGCUGUGCCCAAAUCCUGCUUGCUGAUUUCCCACAGGCAUGUGUAAGAACAGGAUGCUAGACUAGAUGGGCCAUUGGCAUGGUCCAGCAGCUUCUUCUUACAUUCUUAUGGCAGUUCCCAGGAAACUGUUCCUGCUGAGGUCCUCUGAGGUCAGGGAAUGGGGCUCAACAGCUAGUGUUCACUUAGCUCGUGAUGGAGGAACAGCCUUCGCUGAGUAGCAGCUGCUGGGAGCGAAUGAGGAGAUGCCCAACAGGCCUGUGCAUCUAGCAGUUGUCCGAUAUUAGUGAGCCCUUGAUCUGAUCCGGCAUAGGCAGUGAUGCAUUUCUCCUUAUCCUUUUGAGCAACGAAGUGAUGUCUUUCAUCAGGAAAACUGCUUCAAUAGAGACACUGAGGUCCCUUGAGGAUGGAUGGAUGGAUGGAUGGAUGGAUGGAUGGAUUUAAACCCAAACUCUUAAUUUUUAUGAAAGAGUUAAUCAGAGUGCUUCCAGGUCCAUGUCAUCCUCUUCAAUCCUUUAAGUUUUUUUCUCUCUCUGCCCUCCACAAUUGUUCCCCCCCCCCUUAAGAAGGGGGGGGGCAGACAGGCUUUUGCAGACAGGCUGUAAAAGUACCGUAUUUUUCGCUCUAUAAGAUGCACCAGACCACAAGACACACUUAGUUUUUGGAGGAGGAAAACAAGAAAAAAAAUAUUCUGAAUCUCAGAAUCCAGAACAGCAAGAGGGAUCGCUGCGCAGUGAAAGCAGCAAUCCUUCUUGCUGUUCUGGCUUCUGGGAUAGCUGCGCAGCCUGCAUUCGCUCCAUAAGAUGCACACACAUUUCCCCUUACUUUUUAGGAGGGAAAUUUUUUUUUGCUCUUAUAGAGCAAAAAAUACACUAUUUCCUGUGCCUUCUGAGUUCUCAGAGCCAAUGAAAUCUUUGCUUGCAGGUGCUUUCAUCCCACAAUACGGGACAAAUAAAAAGCACAGCAGACCUCUGACCACCUUGUCCACUUCUCAUGUUUGAGAGUAGUGUGGCUCCCCCCCAACUCCAGCUGUUUGUGUUAUUUAAAUGCACACCUCAGAUGGUGUCUGUGUGUCUUUAUCCUCAUACCCAACCAGCAGAGAUGACUUUCUCUGCUCUGCAUGGUAGAAAUAAUAUUUAUACAUGCACACGUGCGCGCACACCCCUCCACCCUUUCAGGUUUUCUUGUUUCCACACGAUGCUGCGCAUGGAAAAGCUGGUAAUCUAGUUGCCCAGAAGCAAUUGCUACUUGCCCCAGGAGGGUGUUUUAACUUCAAUAUACUGCAAUGAUUAACGACUUUGUCCAUUUUCCUGGUGGUUUUCAAAAGCAUCUCCCUCCUCCUUUUGCUUUUGUGCUUGCCUUGAUGGCCAAGUUUCAGUCAGAGGUGAUUUUUUUUGCACUGAGUUAUUGCUUCUCUGGAAACAAGGAGCUUAGAAUGGAGAAUGAGCUAUAGUUUUUGUGCACUGGGCUAUGGAUGAUGCCACGGCAAUUGCUGAUCUCGGGAGGGAAGAUGGAAGGAGGCUUGGGGGGCUUGCCAAGCAUCUGCUCAGCACUUGGGGGACAUCAUAUAGGACUCCGCUGACAGCCAGCCCUCGAAGCCAGCCAGCGUCUGGGAAUGCUUUAUUGAAAAAAUGUUUCUGAUUUAUAUUUUUCAUAUGGCUGUGUCCACGUCAGCUCCUUUGUCAUCCUGAUUGUUGCUUGCCUGAGCUGUGGAUAAAGCAGCUUUUUCUAUCACUGCCUUGGCCCUCUAGGGUUUGUCAUUUUUACAGUGGUGCUGUAACCAUACACAUUGCCUCUGCUGAGAGCAGCAAAAGCGACGAGGAGCCAUGACAGUGGCUCAUCUCAUUUCAAGUAGAGAGGAGCGAAUCUGUCCAUUUUGGUUUCUCGCAGUUUCUCAUAUUUUUCCAGUACAGUGGUACCUCGGGUUACAGACACUUCAGGUUACAGAUGCUUCAGGUUACAGACUCCGCUAACCUGGAAGUUGUACCUCAGGUUAAGAACUUUACCUUAGGAUGAGAACAGAAAUCGCGCAGCGCGGCGUGGUGGCAGUGGGAAGCCCCAUUACCUAAAGUGGUACCUCAGGUUAAGAACAGUUUCAGGUUAAGAACGGACCUCCAGAAUGAAUUAAGUUCUUAACCAUACAGCCCUGUAUAGGAAAACUUUUUAAGGUUUAAUGUUUUACUAUGUUUUUCUAUAUCCUGGAAGUCACCCAGAGUGGCUGGUGCAACCCAGUCAGAUGGACAGGGUGCAAAUAAAUAAUCAUAAUUAUCAUCAUCAGUGCUUUUUUCUGGGGGGACGCAUUCCCCUAAACAGUUUGUGAAUCUAAGUUUGGCCUCACUGGGGCAGUAUUUCAAUAUGAGUCAGAAAAUGACAGUACCCCCUAAACUUUUUUUUUAGAAAAAUGCACUAAUCAUCAUCAUAAUCCAUCAGGACAUUACAUUCAGAGGAGCUUUGUCUAUUAGGCCAAAUUAGCCACUGCCCCACCAAUAUGCCUUCCUAUUUACAACCAGCCACAGGGCGGCCCCAUCUGUCAUUGGCUCUGGCGCCACCUACUGUUGACCUCCCUGCCUUCUGCCCCACCAGUCCCAAUAAGCCAGCCACAGCGGGUUGUAUUUCUUUUCAUAGGAAUGCCUCCCAAUUGUGACGACUUCCUAGCUGGUCCUCUGAAACGUCCUCUUCCCAAUGUUGCCGUCUAGACUCGCAGUAAAUGGUGAAGUGUUGACAGUGUGUGUAAGCCCUUUGCCGCGAGCUUUGGACAAGCCAUGCUCUCUCUCCCUCUUUAUUAGUAAAUAUGCUGAGCUUGCUCUAGCCGCCAAGCAUCAAGUGUCUUCCUUGUGUUGAUUUAAAAGGCUCUGCCAGUGGAAAAUUGCAGGAAAGAUUAACCACAAAAUAGGAAAAGUGCAAAAAGCUUCUCUCUUUUUACUGAUGAAUUACGGUACUCCAAACUUAACCAAAGAACAACAUGAACAGACGAAACCAGAACAAACACAGGGGCAGCAAAUAAAGGAAAUGUUUUGUCGACUUGUAAAAACAGAUUUGAGGCUCCCAGCUAUUCGAUACAGUGGUACCUCGGGUUACAGACGCUUCAGGUUACAGACUCCGCUAACCCAGAAAUAGUACCUCGGGUUAAGAACUUUACUUCAGGAUGAGAACAGAAAUCGUGCGGCUGUGGCGUGGUGGCAGCGGGAGGCCCCAUUAACUAAAGUGGUCCCUCAGGUUAAGAAAAGUUUCAAGUUAAGAACGGACCUCCGGAACGAAUUAAGUACUUAACACAUGGCUUCCCUGGGAACUGUAAUUAAGCCCUCACAGAGCUACAGUUCUCAGCACCCUUAACAAAUUUACAAUUCCCGGGAUUCUUUAGGGGUUGCUGUGCUUUAUUUUGAUAAGAAUUUUUAUUAGCUUUCAAUUACAACAAUCCAACAAUAGCCUCAUUAUAACAAUGCCAAAUUACAAUACAGUUAAUAAUACCAAUCAUUGAGAUGUCAAAUGAUACAAUUUAGGUGGCCCCCCCCAUAUGCUGGAAUUGAUGGUUUAGUGAUUUACUUUGUUUCUGUGUUCCAAAAUCUUAUAAAUUCCAAUUACGCUCCAGUCCAAAUAUAUCCUUUAUGUCGCAACUGCCGUUUUAAUGACUUCUAUUCGUAUUGACACUUUGAUUUCUACGCCUACAGAUGAAGCAUUUAAACUCUCUCCUUCUUCUGUAUGACAAUAAUUCUGAGCAUAGUGUUUCUUCUUGUGUUUGUAAUAUAUUUUGUCUAUCUUUUGUCAGUUGUUGCUGUUCUCCAGCCUGCCUUGGGUGGCGCUAGUGUCCCAUUGUUGUUUCAGAAGAUAGGGGGUGCUGUGUGCCCUAAAUGGACAGUGCCAGUAUGAUCAAAGUAACUUGCAAUCACUAGACUCCUCUUUUAGGACAUGCCAGUGUGACCAAUAGUAAAGGUCAUUCCCUACAAAGCACUGUUUCUCAUGCCAACCUGCCUGCAUGCCUUCUGAUAAGACAGCACCCAGCGGGUUUCCAGAACUGUCCUUCCAAGGCAUAAGUGAGGGGCAAAUAUCACGUCCCAAAGAAGCAGAGUAGUUUCAUUAAACGCAAGGUAGAGUGGUAUACCAGGCAAUAAGACUGCAUUUCAAAAUGCUUUGGGGGACCUCUUUGCAAUCUAGUUCCCAUGCAAAGCUAGCGUCAAUUCUUUCCCUUCCAUUUCAGGAUGACCUGGACAUUAAUAUUGAGUGCAUGUCUGAAGAGAAGCAUCCGAACCAGAGGGUUUGCAAUGUCAGCUAUCCAUUCUUCCGAGCCAAAGCAAAGGUAAGAGGCUCUGGGGCACCUGCACACAAAACAAGCACCAGCUAAAAUAGGGAAAAGGAGGCAGCCAAGGCAAACUUGAGCUCACAGCCCGCUUUUGGGACAUCCUCAAGGUGAGGCAAAAACCAUGGAGCUUUCUCUAAACAGGAGCUGUUGACCAGACUCUCAACCAACCACCACUUCUUCUUUCUUAGAGAGCUGCUGUAAGGUCCAAGCAAGUCUAAGGCAAGUUUGCCUUCCAAUGCGUAGGGCAGCAGCAAUUCCCGACACGGGGAAAGUAACCCCCCAAAUUAAACGAAAAGCUUCAGUAGUGUAUGCAGAAGGUUCCAGGUUCAAUUUCCAGCAGCAACUCCAGGUAGGGCUAGGAGAGACUCCCUGCCAGAAAUCUUGGACAGCUGUUUCCAGAGUGUAGACAAUGUUGAACAAGAUGGACCAAUGGGUCUGACUCAGAACAAGGCAGCUUCUUGUGUUCCACCUGCAUUGAAUAUCAAAAGAGCUCUCCAGCUCCACUCUACAAAACUGGCGGAUGGGAGCUGGUGAAAUACUUGUCCACUACUGUAUCCAUACCUGUUUCUGAGACCAUGAGACUCACUGGCAUCACUGAUGAUGCCCUUGUUAGGUUCUAUAUCUCUGUUCCUCCACAGGUGGCCUGUACACACAUCAGGCUCCCAGAGCUUCCACAGCUCGUCCCACAAGUCUCUUCAUCAUGGUCCUCUGACAAUGCACCCUUUUCUCUGCUGGUAACCCUAAGCCAGAAAUCUGAUAGCUCUGUCUCCGUGGAAUCAUUGUAUAUUAAUCUGCAGAUAUACCACAUUCUGUAUUGCAGGGUCCCUUUAUGAUAGUCACAGCUAUGCCUCUUCUUCUAAAAUUAUACAAGAAUCUCAUAAUUAUACAAUAAUAAUAAUAAGGGAUGCAUUGCAAUGAUCAGUGCAGAUCUCCAUGAAUUGCCUUUCAGCUAGAACUAUGUUCUUUUCACAUGAAUUGGAGUGUUCAUUUCAGAGUGACUUAAAAUUGUGUUUUCUUUGAAGUUCCACUGCAUAUAACAGAACUUGCGCCCCAUUCUCUUGAAACCCAAACACCCUGUGUUUUCAGUGUUCCUAAACAGCUCUGAUGUGUUAGAGUUUGGUCCUGAUAACAUCAAAAUUGCAGGUUCAAUCCCCGUAUGGGAGAGUUGCAUAUUCCUGCAUUGCAGGGGGUUAGACUAGAUGAUACUCAGGGUCCCUUCUAACUCUAUGAGUCUAUGAUUAUUUAUGAAAUUUCUAUACCACCACUUCAUCUGAGGAUCACAAGGCAGUUUCCAAUAUAAAAUGCUUAUAUUUGGAGCAUAAAGGUAAAGGGACCCCUGACCAUUAGGUCCAGUCGUGGCCGACUCUGGGGUUGCGGCACUCAUCUUGCUUUACUGCCCAAGGGAGCCGACAUUUGUCUGCAGACAGUUUUUCCGGGUCAUGUGGCCAGCAUGACUAAGCCGCUUCUGGUGAACCGGAGCAGCGCACAGAAAUGCCGUUUACCUUCCCGCCGGAGCGGUACCUAUUUAUCUACUUGUACUUUGAUGUGCUUUCGAAUUGCUAGGUUGGUAGGAGUAGGGACCGAGCAACGGGAGCUCACCCCUCCGCGGGGAUUUGAACCGCCGACCUUCUGAUCGGCAAGCCCUAGGCUCUGUGGUUUAACCCACAACGCCACCCGCGUCCCAUUUGGAGCAUAGAGGGGCUAAAAAGCUCCUCUUCUAUGCUGUUGGGGUGCCUCUGGGAUGCAGGGACCCUGCUGCAGAAAUAGCAGCGGGUCUUCGACCCCCCACAACCCUGGAGCAGUAUGCCACUGACCAUAUUAUAAAAUGGUACAGCCAUUUGGGGUGCUGGGGUGCGCAACCUUCAAGGGUGGGAGGUUAGCACUCUCCAGAAUUUAAUGGAGCAAUGUUGCUCUAAGUAGAUUCAUCCUCUCAUCAUCCACCCUAAUCCCAGUUGCUUUCCCAGCUCAGUUUGAGACGUUAAGGACUCCACACACGCACACACAAAUAAUUGGAAUAUUUGCUUUUUCAAGGCUGCAGAGCUCCGCCAGGAAGCCAAGUUAGGAAGCAACCAGUGAGCAAAGAAAUUUCAGCUGCUUAUAGAUGGCCCAGAAUCCUCAGAGGCCUUUGUUUGGGUAGUCAAAACCAGAAGGCUGAUUCUAAAAACGUUUGUUCUAAUCCUCUGGAGCACUUUGACAGUGGCUUUUGGGUAAUUUAGCCCCCAAAUUCCUUUGCUGCUGUAUGAGUCACCUUUUUUUCCUGUUUUGCAACCACUGGGUUUGGGGAUUAUAUUAAACUCAGAUUUCUCCUGUUUUCAGCAGGGGCACUUUCAGCCCCAUGUUAGAUUCUUGGAGCUGUUGUGGGUUCAGACCAUCUUCUUACGUAUUCGAGGAAGGAUGUAUGGGGAGACACAAGUGUUCAAAGAUUCCACGCUUUAUAGUUCUUGGUAGCCAUGACUGAUGGAUUCCUCCUUACCUUUUAUGGCUUGUUUAUGCCAAGGAAUAGUUCAUUUCAGUUAAAGCUUCUGGCCAAAAGCCCAAAUCCAGAUGUGACUGCAGUAUGGAAUGAGAAUAGAAUCAUAGAAUUGCAGAGUUGUCAGAAGGGACCCAAAGGGUCCUCUAGUCCAACCCCCGGCAAUUCAGGAAUCACAGCUAAAGAAUCCCUGACAGAUUGGCUUCCGGUUUGUCUGUGAAGCAAAAUGGCGGCGCAGUGCGAGUCACAUGUUUAAAAGACGACCGCUACUGGGAUUUCUGCAAUAUAGAAGAGUCCACCACCUUCCUCCACAGAAAGAGGGAUAGGGAGUCAGAGUUAAAACUAUGAUUGAGUAAUUGUUGUAAUAUACAUAAACGAAAAUUAUAAAUAAAAACUUUUUCUAAAAGAAAGAAGAGUCCACCACCUUUUAAGGUAGUCCAGCCCUCCGUUGAAUAGUUGUUACUGUCAGAAAGUUCUUCCUAAUGUUCAGUCAGAAUCUCCUUUCUUGUCAUUUGAAGCCAUUGGUUCGGGGCCUCCCCUCUGGAGCAGCAGAAAGCAAACUUGCUCCAGCUUCCACGGGGCAACCCUUUAGAUACUGGAAGACAGCUGUCAUAUCACCUCUCACCUCUAAGUAGAUUGUAUUAAGAAAAUAAGAGGAGCUCUCCCGGAUCAGACCAUUACCCAUGCAGGCAAGCAUCGUGCUCUCACAGGGGGCAACCAGAUGCCCCAAUGGGAAGCUGACAAACAGGACUUGAGCACAAGAGCCCUCUCCCCUCCCGUUGUUUUCAGAUACUGGUAUUAGGAUGCCUUUCUGCCUCCAGUGGUGUCAACUUGAAUUAAAUAUGGGGUGGGGGGGAAGGUAAGCCCCACGCUGCAUUAUCCAUCACAUGAUGUGACACAUGCACACCAUUUGAAUGGCAAUGCCCAUUGACUGGGGGGACUGGUUCCCUCAAAUAUUUUAAUGGGAGAGGGGCUGAAGAGUUGGCUCCUAUGUCUGCCUCCAACUGUGGAGGCAAAGCAUAGCCAUCAUGGUUAGUAUCCAUUGAUGGCCUUCUCCUCCAUGAUUUUGUCUAAUCCUCUUUUAAAGCUAUUCAGGUUAGUGGCCAGCACUGCUUCUUGUGGGAAGGAGUUCCAUAGUUUAACUACGCACUGAGUAUUUUUUCCUUAUCAUUCUCUAGUAGGCCGAGUCUUUGUUCCAUUCCAUAACGUAAAGCAAACUUAUAGGAAACUGAGGCUGAUGGAGCUGAUGGAGUCCCCCAGUUUACUUAAAAUAUAUAAAUCCCAUAGUGCCAACACUAGCCUGUUCCCCUCUUUUGGCUGCUUCCCCACUCAUCACACUCUUAGCUAUGCAAGCUCAAGUCCAUAUGUAAAGCACACUGAUGGUUUAAGAGACGCCUCUAGGUCACCUGCUUUGCAUGCAGAAGGUCAGUCCCUGGCAUCUUCAAGUAAGCAAAGGGUUUCUCUCUGCCGAAUACCUUGGAGGGUUGCUGCCAGUCAGAGAAGACAAUCCUACCCAAGAUGUCACCAGGAGGAGACAUCUUCAUUAUUUCAUUUUUAUAACAACUUCCACCAGGAUUCCUCAGCAGAGACUCUGAGAGGAUGUUCAGGGCUUGGAACCAUGUUGGGCAGCUGAACUCUCCCAUCUUAACUCUCCUGACUCUUUAAACAGAAGAAGUUUCACUGUGCUGUCAUAGAUGAUCUACCUGGAAAAUAAAUUAUCCCUCAUAUCCACUAUAGGCUGGAAGGAAAGCCUUGGAAGAUCUAUAGGCAGACAGAGAAGAAGUCGAAGGCAAUGAGAGGCUUCCCAGAUUCUAAAGAAAAUGUUAAGAUUGAAACCUCGGCUUGGCAAGGGAUUGACAGUGAUGGAUUUGAUCUAAUCACUGUGCUAAGAUUUAGCCCAUGCAAUAAAGCAGCCCUGUGUGCUUUUGGACCAUGAAAUACUAUCAUAAUGCAUCUGUAUGGCCUCGAAUAUGUACGGCUCUGCCAAAGCAAAUAGAAGCUAAAAAUGGAAAAUUCAGCCCUUGGAGCCCAAGGAGGGGAAUUUUAAUAUUAUAAUCAGCUGUGCACAGACCUGGGGCUUUUAAAAAAAAAAAAGUAGUCAGAGCGUCUUUUUUUGGCAGCCAACCUCCCACUUUCAGCAAGGCAACACCCCCAGUGUAAGUGAGCUGGGCAACACAAUGCAACUAAUCAGACUUGCUACGUGCCUCUCCAAUCACUGUUGCAAUCAGAAAGGUAAAACUAAGGGAGCAGGUCCAUAGCUCAGUGGCAGAGCAUUUUCCUUGCAUCCAGAAGGUCCCAGGUUCAAUCCCUGGCAACUCCAGGCAUGAACCUGAAGAGCUACUGCCAAUCAGUGUAGACAAUGCUGAGCUAGAUGGAGCCCAAUAGGUCUGGCUCAGAAAUAAGAUACUUUGAAUGUUUCUAUGUCUUUCACAUCAUACACCAGGGGCGACUGAUGGACCUUUGAUAGGUUGCUGAUUUCAAACGGAGUUGAUGGAAAUGUUCGCCUAACCUAAGUUGGUCAAGUCCAUUAAUUUCAAUUCAGUUUUAUGACUAAACGUUGGCUACAAGACUCUUGUCCUGACAGUCUAGUGUUUGCUCCAGAUGGCUGUGGGAAAUGUUCCUGAGUUGUUUUCCUUAAUGCAUCUGUCUGUUUUCAAUCUCUGCAGGUGGCUUUUCGCCUGGAUUUCGAGUUCAGCAAAUCUAUUUUCCUCCAAAAUCUGGAGAUCUCUUUGACUGCCAACAGGUCGGCAAUAACAUUAUUUUUCUCUUCUUCUUUUUUUACAUCCACUCAUUUUCCUUCCGCACCACCACUGCCUGCAUCCCGUUCUUCCCCAGGCUGUUUCCCUCUCUGAUGCUUCUGAGUCAGAACAGAGAGGCUUCCGAAAUGUAUAUAUUUAUCUGAGUGUCUAGCCUGCCUCUUCCCAAAGGCUCAGCAGUUGGUGAAUGGUGUAUUUAAAAGAAUGAAACUGCAGAUGCUAAAACCCCAACAAUAAAUAGGUAAAAGGCGUUUCCGUGCGCUGCUCUGGUUUGCCAGAAGCGGCUUAGUCAUGCUGGCCACAUGACCCAGAAGCUGUAUGCCGGCUCCCUCGGCCAAUAAAGAGAGAUGAGCGCUGCAACCCCAGAGACUGGACUUAAUGAUCAGGGGCCCCUUUACCUUUUUAUGCUACUAAAUAUCUUUGGCGGGGGGCAUUGUCUAGCUGUGCUGUGAAAAUAUACAGUGGAAUACAGAGGCUGUCAUUGUUUGUGUGCGCACAAACACACACACAAGCCCAAUAAAUGUUGCUUAUAAAAUUUGAGCCUUUGUGAAACCUGUCAGGUCUCCCUCACUCCUAAGAGACCCCAGGCGCUAUGAAAACAAAGCUAACUUUGGCGGUUAGAAAACCCACAGUUGCACUUGUAAAUCACAGCUCCCUCCCGUUGCCCGUAUGACGGCAGAGGGACCUUUUCCAGCAUUGUGCCAAACCCGCUGGGGAAAUCGGGGCAGGGGAGGAGAAAGACCUCACAUUCCAUCCCUUAAAAAUGUAAAUAUCCCCAGUCCAAGGGGACUUCCACACAGUACCUUAUUAUGGGUUCAAUGGUGGGUCAGUCACCAUCUCUCAGUUUUGAAUUUUUGCUAAAAAGCGGGGGAGAAGAGAAUUAAAAGAAUUACCGGUACUUCCCCGUAGGUGCGUUUAAGGUACGGAUGCUAAAUUGCUAUCACAGAAAUGGCAGUGGAGGCGAUGUUUCACAUGUGGGUGAAAGUUCCUUAAACUUGGGCAGAGAGAGAGAGAGAGAGAGAGAGAGAGAGAGAGAGAGAGAGAGCUUAGAGAACCCAGAGCUGUGUCAAAAAUUGGUAAGAUGAGCACUUGGAAAAUGACAAAAAUUUCUGUUCACUUCAACUGCAGAGUGGAUUAACUUCGCACAGCUCAUGAAUCAUGCUGCGUCAGCCAGAAAUCCCCUUUUAUACAUCUCUAUAUCCCGCUAGGCCAGCAUAGUAUUGGCGAGUGGCAAGGGGAAAGUUCUGUCUGCUGCCAAAGUCACCGAGAGUAUAAGUAAGAGAAAUUGCUACUCUUGGAAAGGGGACCAGCGCCAACCCUGGCAUUGAUGCCACAGAAGAAAAACUGAGCUCUCUCUCUCUCUCUGUAUAUUUCUAAGUGCUAACAGCUCCUAAUCUCAUUCAGUAGGAACUUCUUGUAAGCAGCCUAGGCCCACAACUUUCCUCAUGCAGCUGAAUCUGAGCAGGCAGCUGCUUACAGCCUCCCCAGGCGCAUUCACAAAUAAUUGUGCUCAUGGUGGCAUCUGGACAGUUUUCCUCCACCCCAUUUUCAAUGCUCUUUGCUCCUGGAACAGUUUUGGGGCAGACCUACUGCUCCAUUUUCUCUCUGUGCACAUUUUGCAGCUCCCUGCUGAAAUUCUGUAGCUGUACCCUGGGAGACCAGGGUUCUAGUCUCACUUGGCCAGGAAGCUCCCUGGGUGACCUGGGGCCAGUCACAGUCUCUCAGUCUAACCCUACCUCACAGGGUCGUUGUGAGGCAAUAAUAAUAAUAAUAAUAAUAAUAAUAAUAAUAAUAAUAAUUUAUACAUACAUACAUACAUACAUACUUACAUACAUGCCCCGCCCAUCUGGCUGGGUUUCCCCAGCCACUCUGGGUGGCUCCCAACACAAUAUUAAAAACACGAUAAAACAUCAAACAUUAAAAACUUCCCUAAACAGGACUACCUUCAGAUGCCUUCUCAAAGUCAGAUAGUUGUUUAUUUCCUUAACAUCUGAUGGGAGGACAUUCUACAGGGCAGGUGCCACUACUGAGAAGGCCCUGUAACCUCACUUUUCACAGUGAGGGAACCGCCAGAAGGUCUUCGGCGCUGGACCUCAGUGUCCGGGCUGAAUGAUGUUGUAGAAGACACCUUCAAAAAAGUACCAGUUUGGAGGGGCCUUUGCCUUCUCAUCAACAUUAGCCCAUUCUCUGUUAAAGCCACUUCCGGCCUGCCCAGGAGGUGGGGUUGCGGGCUUCACGCCCACCCCCACAUGAGCGGGGGAAUCCCGGCUGCGUCUCCCCCCCCCCCCCCAGCCAGCCGAUUGGCUGGCUGGGGGGGGUGGCCUGCCCUAUUUAAGGCCGGCGCAGAGGGGGCUCGCCCUCUUUUCGCCGGCUAGCCCCCACGUUUUCCCACCCUCCCUCCCUUUGGGUAGGCUUUAGGUAGGUCUCUGACUUUGCUUUGGACUUCGGUCUGUCGCCGCAAGGGGCAUGGUAGGAAUUUUUCCCAAUUGGCAAUUUACAGCCAUUUGGUUAUUCGCCUACUUCGUAGCAACUCGUCACAACUCCUCGGCAUUGGCGGUUAGGCAUUGGUAAGAAGGGGUGAAGAGGAUGUGGGGGGGGAGGAACGCCAUCACCUCCCCCCAGUGAACGGACAUGCCUCAGCAGGAGACUCCCCCUCUAUGUUGUUAACCCUUCCCGUGUCUCCAGCAAAUGGGCUGGAGCCGGAUAGUCGAUAGGACCAAUGCCUAAGCCAAUGCCUCUCAUUCCUGAAUUCAAUAAAGUUGUGGCCUAAUUCGCCCAUUUAACCUUAAAUUAUGGUGUCUUAUGUCUUUAUUUAUCCUGGUGGGGGGCGGGAACUCGCCACGCAAUCUGCUGGCUUCUGAGUCCUGCUGUGUCACCUAAAUGAGCUUCUGGUUCUUCUGUAUUCUAGUGACAGCGAGGAACAGGAAAACACCAAAGAUGACAAUUCUGCCCUCCUAAAGUUUCCGCUGAAGUAUGAAACAGACCUGCUUUUCACCAGGUACUGCUGAUGGCCUUGAGUGGAGUCUUUAUAGCGCUUUGAUUUGUUAACGCUGAAAUUUCCACCCGCUGUGUGCAUUCAUGCUCCUGUUUAAUGGGCACUCACUAUGUUUCCAGUGUGGGGUUUUUAAUCUGAGUUCACACAGCAUUAUUAAAAAUGUAGGUGUAUCCUGGACUUACUACUACUACUACUACUACUAUUACUACAAUGAAUUACCUGCCCUUCACCCUAAGGUUCCAGGACAGAUUAGAGCACAUUAAGAACAAUAUGAAAAACCAUUUCAAAUGUCUUGCUUCUUAUAAGGUACUACUGUUUGGUGUGUUGAUUGGAGCCCUUAAGCUGUUCAUAAUUCACCUCUAGCCAAGGUGAAACCACCUUUGCAUGGGAUAAAGACAUCCAAAAGAUGUAUACAAACAGAAAUGAAUCUGACACUAAGUGAAGACCUGCUGAUGUGAACUAAGGGGCAAAAGAGCUCAGCUGUGAAACACUCUCAGUGGGGAGGGGGGGAGGGAACAACUUUACUGUGCUCUAAGGCAGAAAUGUGAACACACCCUUAGUUGAACUAUGAAUGGAUGAGUUUUCUCCUUUUUGCUGUUAUUCAGGAGUCCCAGCCAGAAUUACUACGAGGUCAAGUCAAACAAUUCUCUGGAGAGAUAUGACAGCAUUGGUCCGCCUUUUAACUGUACCUUUAAGGUAGUGGAGGAACUCUGGGUCUGAGGAACCUGGUGGGGGAAGGGGGUGAGGGAAGUCCCCUUGCAGAAGGGUCUUGAUCUGGCAUUUGUUUGUCAACUUUCACAGCUGCAGAAUCUGGGCCUCUUCCCUGUUGAUGCGAUGGCUAUCAAAAUCACAGUACCCGUGGCCACGCGGGGAGGCAAUCGCCUUCUGCAGCUAGCAGGCUUCCAUGUGGAUGAGGUAGCUAGAACUUUUAUUUGUGAUUCUUAAGGGGAUUUUUAAAAAAUAGCCUCAAAGGAACUUUAAGGUGUGGGUUACAAAUCAGGAUGCCCCAGCAGGAAGCCACAAUGUAGGGAGUUUCCCCCCAACCCCCAAAUUUGAUUGUGUGAUCAUAGCAACCUCCAAAGUUAAUGUGCUGUCAUGAUGCUCAGACUUUCCCCUACCCCUUGCAAGCAACUUCCAGUUCUAGGAUCAAACCCCUUUGGCUUAUGUAAAGACUUGUGGUGCUUACCAGGAAGAGCCAUGGCUCAGGGGCACAACAUCUGCUGUGCACGCAGAAGGCCCCAGGUUUCAUCUCUGGGUGGGGCUGGGAAGGCUGCCUUUCUGAAACCCUGGAGAGCUGCUGCCAGCCCGUGUCGAUGAUAUUGAGCUAGAUGGAACCCAGUGGUCUGGCUUGGCAGUCUCCUGUGUCCAGCUUUAGCGCUUUUUAUAAAACUGGGCCCCCAAUGGCAAAUUUGGCAGGCUGUACCAUCCUCCCAUCCAGAUGUUGUGUCAUCUUUUGGUUUCCUCCCAUCUGUUCUGCUAAUAGUCACCCUCUUGACCCAAUUAUUACAGUUUUUGGCUCCGAAAGAAAGCUGUCUUAGACUAAAGCCAGGCCAUUGCUUCCUCUAACUCAAUAUCUCCUACACUGACUCACAGCAGCAUUCCAGGGGUUUCAGGCAAGAGAGGUUCCCAGUCCCAUGUGGAGAUGCCAUCGGGGAUUGAACCCUGAGCCUUCUGCACCCAAGGCAGGUGCUCUGCCACUGAGCUACAGUCCUUCUGCAUUAACUGUGCACUCAGGGCUCCAUCCACUUCCACACAUGGCUGGCUGGGGAGGUGGAAAAGAUUAGGAGCCAGCAGCAGCAGAGAGCCAAACCUCCCACUGGCAUUUAAUGACUAGCUUGUAAGGUCAUGGAACAAUUUUCCUCCUAGAGAGACUGCUGCUGGAAUCCAGGUGCCCAUUAAAUCACAGGGCACAUUUUGUGUGCUGCCUUGGGAUGGACUGGCUGCACAAGCGGAAGCUGUAUUUUAGGGGCAAGGAUGUGCACAGGGGGAGCAAAGCCCCCAAACAGGCUGUCCAGUCUGCGUCAUUCUUUGCAGGAUGUUACUUUGGAUUUCUGUUCCCAGUGAUCUAUUCCAGCUUCCCUCUUCUAUUAUAGGAACACAUAACGUGCCACAUUGGGGGGAACAACACAGAUUAUCGAAGGACACCCUCUGACGAGGACUUGGGGCGCCACCCCCAGCUGGUAUGUAAUGCCCAUCUUUCUGUGCUGGACUUCUGAAAACACAAAAUCAAAUCCUGUGUGCUGAGACAAGACUUGAACAUAGGGCUCAAAUUCUGGUCCAUCUUUUUAAAAAAGUAUGCAGUGUCAUUGCCAAGGUAUUCACAACCUGCGCGGCAUUUCCUGUGCAAUGAAUACUUUUUAUGACUGGGGAGGGGAGAAUGCCCUCCCUGGCUUUAAUGUUACAUAGCAAACAUGGAGAAUGAGGUCAGAUAGCAAAUUGACUUUGGGCUGAUGCACUCAACCAGCCUUUCUGAACCUGGUGUCCUCAGUGGGGGCUGAUAGUUGUCGUCAUCCGAAAUAUCCAGAGGACAUCAGGUUGUGCAUUAGGAAGCUGCCUGACUGGUCUGGAGUGUGGGCAGCCCAGUCUUGCUUAGGAUGACACCUGCAAGUGAUUUUCAGGCCUGUCCAAAGGAGAAGACCGCAGGGGGAGGUCAUCCAAAACAGCAAGGAAACCCGAGUAGGCUCUGAGUCCCAUGGGGGGCAGAAAUCCCUUUGGGCUCAAGCAUGCUCAUCACUCUGAGCAACAAUCAUGAUAGAGGAUGGGGACCCUGCGGCCCUCCAGAUGUUGAAGGACUCCAGCCCCCAUCAUUCCUGCCCAUUGGCCAGGGAUGUAAAGAGGCACCAUUUUUGUGGGCAUUCCCUGCCUUUGGAGCUGUUGGGAGUUGGAGCCCAACAACAUUCGGAGAAUCACAAAUGUCCCCCGUCUCAGCUUAUUCCACGCGGCAGGCCGCCUUUGGACUGCCAGCUUGGCAUAAGAACAUAAUACGAGCCCUGCUGGGUCCUGCCAAUGGUCAAGCCUGUCUAAUCCAACAUCUUGUUCUCACAGCAGAACCUGAGCACAAGCGCCCUCUCCGCUCUUGUGCUUUUCAGAAACUGAUACAGUGGUACCUCGGGUUACAGACUCCGCUAACCCAGAAAUAAUACCUUGGGUUAAGAACUUUGCUUAAGGAUGAGAACAGAAAUCGUGCAGCGACGGCACAGCAGCCAGUGGGAGGCCCCCUUAGCUAAAGUGGUGCUUCAGGUUAAGAACAGUUUCAGGUUAAGAACGGACCUCCGGAACGAAUUAGGUUCUUAACCCAAGGUACCACUGUAUUUAGAAGCAUUACUGCCUCUGAGAGGAGGUAGAACAUAGCAGAGUGGCUAGCAACCAUGGAUAGCCUUCUCCUCUAUGAAUUGGUCCAGUCCUCUUUUAGAUCCAUCCAAGUGUCAGGGACUGGACUGAAGAGGACGAGGAAUGGUGGAGUUCACACCCCCCCCGCCCUUCUCCUGUAGCUUCCAGAGAAGAGGAAGGCAGUCUCAAAUUACAGCAGGGCAUUGAGGAAGAUAACAGCUCAGAGACAGGUGAACAGAAGAGUUAUGAGGUGUUAGGAGAAGGUGGAGACACAGAGCAGCCAGCUGACACGUCACUGGACAGCAUAACUGACCCCUCUUCUCCAAAAACGCGACAUUCGUUAAGAACAAAGGGCACAGUGACAGUUGGCCAUGGGCAGAUGCCGUAGAAACAGGUGUUGCUGUUAGCAGGGAAGGAGGAGGAGCUCAGUGUGAGCAACUCCAUCACUGAGGAAUGACUGGAUUUCUUUGUCUUUCAUCAUCACCAUCAUCAUUUUAUUUGUAUGCCACCUUUCCAUAGCUAAAAACAAUGCUCAAGGUGGCUUACGACAUGACCAGAUUUACAUAAUUACCAACAUAACAAAAGCCAUUAACAAUAAACAAAACACAUCAAAAAAAUACACAGACAAAUGGAAAACAAUUUCCACAUAAAUCAUAAAAUCUAAAACUAAGAAUACAGCAUUAAUAUCAAUCACAAUUUAAAAUGACACAGAUAAAAAAUAAAAGCAAUUUGGAAAAAAACAAAAAAAAAAUGGAGCCCUUUCUAUCCUGCAGCAGCAGCAGCACUCCUUUAUGGAGCCUGUCAGGCCCGCCCCAAGCCAGGUAGAGAGAAGCAGGGCCAGGCCCUUCAGGCCCCCAGCAGGUCAGUCCUGGGCAGCACCAUAGUAACUGACCAAAUCAUAAGUAAGAACUUCCUUGUUUCCUCCCUGCUUCUUGGUGCCAUCAGGGAAGGGAGAGGAUUCCUCAAGCCUGACACCAAGUUGGUCACUGCCUCCUGUGGGAGUGAGUUCCAUAGUUUAACUAUGAAGAACUUCCUUUUAUCUGUGCUGUUCUCAACCUGUGGGUCCCCAGAUGUUGUUGGACUACAACUCCCAUCAUCCCUGACCACUGGUCAUGCUGGCUAGGAAUGAUGGGAGAUGUAGUCCAACAACAUCUGGGGACCCACAGGUUGAGAAACACUGUGCAGCUAAAAGAAAAGAAAAAGUGCUUCCUUUCAUCCAGUAUGAGCAGGAUCCGACCGCCUCAUUGUGGAUGCAGCAAAUUUGAGUGAAUGCCCAGUGGUGCUCACCCACCUGCCCAGACAACUGCAGUAGUCAACCUUUGGUCCUACUUCCAAGUGGGAAGAAUGAGCUUCGUUCUGGCCCUCUCCACUUCUAACUCCGUUUUUCUUUUCUUUUUUACUCCUUCCAGAACUACAGUAAUUCUGAUGUGAUAUCCAUAGACUGCAGUGUAAAUCUGGCUGCCAAUGGAGAAGUCAGCUUCCUCUUGCAUGGAAAUCUGUGGAUGAAGUCACUGAGAGCUGUAAGGGCAAGUCAGCAAUCGGUGGAGCUUCCAGCGCUAUCCCCGUUGAAGGCUGGCAGAUUAUUGUGCUUUUGCUGCUCGGCUGUAUCCCGAGCUAGCCCCUGACUCCAGGGAGUUGGGCCAUGAGGCGGUUUUCAAACUUCCUCUUUUCUCGCCAGCUUUUUCAGCUGCUAGUCAUUCCCCGCCCGUCCCCAAUGGAAUCCUCCCUCUCUACGUAGCUGGGAAACAAGAUUUGUCAUCCUCUUGAGUGCCACAUCAACACCAUUUGCUAAUUACACCAAAUAAUGAAAGAAUUAGGUCAAGCCAGGAACAUCUGUGACCUCUUUUUCACUAAGAUGAGUGCUGGGUGAGACCCUCCCUGGUUUAAAGAAAAGUGUUAUUUUUAACGCAUCAUACAGCCAGCCAGCUUGAUUUUCUGGUCUUUAUUUAUUUACACACACCCUUCAAUAAAUUGUUUUUAUGUAUUUUGUUUUUUUUUUUAAAAAAGCCUAAAAGUGGUUUACAAAAAGAAUAAAACAACUAAAUUAUCAGCUAAAAACAAUUUAGGACGACUGUUUCAAACAGGGUUUCCCAAACUUGGGUCUCCAGUUGCUUUUGGACAGACAUGAUUAUUAUUAUUUUAUUUAUUAAAUUUGAAUACCGCCCUUUACCUGCAGGUCUCAGGGCAUACAUCAAGGGAGUGAUGCUGCGGCACAGAAAAGUUAUUUUCCCUGUUGUAUCACUUGAAACAUUCCAGGCAGGAAAGAGUGCUGCUCUUACAAACGCCACAACCCCUGGUUUGCUCAGAUCAGUGAAAAGGCCCCCCAAACAAGCUGAGUAACCGACUAGCUGAACUGCCCACUGCUGAGCCCCCUCUUGUGACUCUUAUCUUGCCCUGUCUUUUCAAGAUGAAAUUCAAGUCGCUGAGAUUUGUGAUUAACGCCGUCCUGCAGAGAGGGUUCCGCAGUGCCUUCGUCUUCAGAGAGGACGAUCCCAGUCGGCAGGUGAGUAGCUUGACCACAGGCGCUCAUCAGAUCUCAUAGAAAUGUAGAGUGGGAAGGGACCCAAAGGGACAUCUAGUCCAACCCCGCUGCCAUGCAGGAAUUGCAGCACAUGUUCAAACCCUCGUGAUCUGGGAGGCCACAAGCAACUUGGGCAAGGAAUGGUACGCACCAGACCUGGAAUUUGUGUUUGGAGAAGUGUGGUAUGUCGUGGGGGUGAUGGAUUUAUUGGGAAGAAGGAAACCUUGCUUCUGAAAUUGCUGCUAAGUAGGUUCAAAGGAACCCAGAAGCCUGCAGUCAAAGAUACGGUUUCUCAUCCAUAAGUGAACUGCAUCUCUUGGCUUGCCUCUUCUCUCCUCUCAGACCAUUUUGUCUCCUAAUUUGAUGGCAACAAAAUUUGCCAUUGGGUUUAGGCGGCAAUUGGGGAAGGGCAAAUCAUUUUUGCUUUCAGUUACCAGUGUAACAUUUCAGGUUGCAUCUACACCCAGACACAUAGUGUCAAAUAGCCAUGCUUUGUUCACUCACUUUUUACAGGGCAAAUAGUAAAGGUAAAGGGACCCCUGACCAUUAGGUCCAGUCAUGGCCGACUCUGGGGUUGCGGCGCUCAUCUCGCUUUACUGGCCGAGGGAGCGGGCGUACAGCUUCCGGGUCAUGUGGCCAGCAUGACUAAGCCGCCUCUGGCAAACCAGAGCAGCACACGGAAAUGCCGUUUACCUUCCCGCUGGAGCGGUACCUAUUUAUCUACUUACACUUUGACGUGCUUUCGAACUGCUAGGUUGGCAGGAGCAGGGACCGAGCAACAGGAGCUCACCCCGUCGCGGGGAUUCGAACCGCCGACCUUCUGAUUGGCAAGUCCUAGGCUCUGUGGUUUAACCCACAGCACCAAUAGUCAUGGACAAAACAUCUUCUUCUCGUGCUUUCCCUGUUCAGCGUCUGCUUCCCCACCCAGAGCUCAGAAAAACUGACUUAAAAAAAAAAAAGCAAUGAAACAGCUGUGCAAUUUCCCCAGAUGACCAAUCAUGCAGUUUUCCUGUGGGUUUCGGGCUGGUUCUGGCCUGUAUAGAGUGCUCCAGCCAUUUCCUUCUCUGGGGUUUGUCUCUCCUGUCUAGCAAUUAACUCUCUCACUUUAACCUUCCCUUUCCAAAUAGCAUUGCCUUUCUAUCAGUUUCCUCCUGCUACCCUUUAAACUGUGUCAAGAUGGCAGGAAGCAUUUAAUCCUUUCCUGCUAACCCAUAGUCCCAAUUAAAAUUGUCUUUCCCACACACACACACACACACACACACACACAUAUCUGGAACUGCCCACUGGGCCGCAGAAUGUCAUCUGGAUUCCAGCAGUCUGGAAGCAAAGUUCCUGAUCCACUAGCCGUUCAGAGCAGAACAGCAAUGACUGGGUUGCAAAUCCAGUUUAACCCAAUAGGGGUAAACUGCACCUUUUGCAUCCAGCAUCUCUCCUUCAGAAUUAGGCCCCAAUGAGGGCCCCUCAUGCUCUUGAAUAGAAUUGUGCUUGCAGCCCUGGAAGAAGAGAUAAAUAAAUGCACAUACCGACACAGAGCAGAAGAACAUUAUGGCAUGCUCUUCUGAAAUGCUGUUAAAAAGUGGGGCGCUGGUGCCCUCUGCUGGCAGCAGACGUCAGUAUGUGCUUGUCAUGGGCACACUUUUGCAGAGUGAACCCAAACAUACAUAACCAAACUUGUUUCUUUUUUUUCAAUUCCAUACAAAUCACACCCACCACCCUGCUCCUUUUUGGAUGCAAAGGGGGUUAAAAGUUGAGGGGGGUUCCAUUCGAAGAGCCAGUUGGUAGAAUCAUAGAAUUGGAAAGGAUCCCAUGGGUAAUCUAAUGCAAGUUCCCUACAAUGCAGGAAUCACAGCUAAAGAAUCCCUGACAAGUGGCCAUCCAACCUCUGUUUAGAAAUCUCGAAUGAAGGAGGGUCCACCAGCUUCUGAGGUCAUUCAUUCCACUGUCAGGCAGCUCUUACCCUCAGAAGGUUUUUCUCCAAAGUUGCAAAUGUUCUUGUUGUGUAUUCCUCUUGCAGGUCAUGUUUGAAAUCUCCAAGAUAGAGGAGUCCCAAAUCCCCAUCUGGAUCAUCAUUGGGAGCACCUUAGGUGGUCUCCUCCUGCUGGCCCUCCUUGUGCUGGCACUGUGGAAGGUGAGUCCCUCUCCCACCAGAGGCGCAUUUAGGGGAGCGCGACCAGUUUGGUUGCACUGGGAAUUGAGUCACGGGGGCACCACAACUAUGGUGUAAUGGUCACACAGUGUCACACAAGGGUGCUGCUCAAAUCAGAGACCCGCCCCCCCAAAGUCUGCCACUGCUGCAACCACCCCUUAGCCUGAUGGGAGUUGUAGUGCAAAAACAGCUGGAGGGCACCAGAUUGGGGAAGGCUGAAAACUGGCAAUGGGGACCCCAAUGGAUGUAAGAUGUUCCUCACCAAAACCAGUUUUAUAUAUGAAGCCAUUGUCUGCCAACUGCCCUUUCGGUGGGAAGACAAGAGUAGGAGUUUUAAAAAUAAUCCAUCAACAAAAAUCAUUACCCUCUAUUCCUACCAUUAAAGUGAUAAAUUCAUUUCCAUGAAAAUUAGUCACACUGCUAAACAUUUGGUCUUUUCCUUGUUUAACAACUAGGAUUGCUGUAUGAGCCAUGUAACAGGCAGAAUCUCAGCUGAUUGGGUUUUGUUUUGUGUUUUUGCCUCCCACCCACCCACCAUUUCCUAGUUCAAUGUUUGCCCUUUUAUGCAUUUGCAUAUUUCUUUAUUCAGUUGUAAGCCAGUCUGAAGUCACUAAGAUAGGAUAUGUCUUAAUAAACAAGCUAAUACUGUACCAUGAUGUCACAUAAUGAUUAGUGAGUUUGGGCUGGUCCACAUUGUUGCCUGUUCUAUAUUCUGACCAUACUGUGUACCCAUCAAUUCCCCCAGGUCCAAGAGCUUUUCUCAUCCUUCUACAGCUGUACCUAGAGAAAAUGCGCUCUUACCUGCUAUACUGAACUCAUUUAAGCAAAAUCUCCUUUUGGAUUUUCCACACAUCCGAGAAGACCCGAUUUGGCAGGUGCUAUUGGAUUUUCACAAGGUGCAGCUAUGGAACUACAAGAAAAGCUCUCAGACCCAGGGGAAUGGAUUGAGACAUGAUACAGUCAAAAUACAGGUCAAGCAGAAAUAUAGGCGAGUCCUGAGUUUGAGAUGCAGCUGGAAGAGGCAGGGAGCCUCAGCUACAUGUGACCUAUCAAUACUGCUAUUAAUGCCAGGCAUAUAAAUUAACGGUGGGUUUUUCUUUAUCUUCCUUUUCCUGCAGCUUGGCUUUUUUAAAAGUGCUAACCGCAAGAGAGACGCAGCCCAGAACCAGAACACCAAGGACUUGGACUGAGGCUUCCAUCUCCCUAAGUGACUCACUUGGCUCCUCAGAGCCAAGUUUCCUUUGCAAUGAUGAGAUCCCUCAACACCCCUUUCACCUCUUCUCAUGAAAGCAACCCCAACUGCUCAGUGUUACCUGCAAGGGGCAAGAUGCAGCUGGCUAAAAAGGGACUUCAAACUGGUUUGAAUUGCUUCCUUCAGCCUAAGACACUGGAAGCUACGCAGCAACGGCCAGGAGAGUAAAUUUACAGGGACAAGGGACCCUUCAGUGGCCAUCGCUUUCUUAAAAAUGACAAAUCUUAGCUCCAUGAGGCAGACAGCUACCAUGCCAGAAUAGCUCUGCGGUGAUCUUAAAAGCCUCUGAGCUCCGGUCCUUUUUAUCCAUUCAUGGCACAAGCAUAUCUCCUUGGUGAAAGCUUUUCACCCCACCAAAAAAAGGGAAAAACCUGGAUCUGCAUGGAUACCAGCAGCAGCAAACUUGUAAUGGGUCUUUACAUAUUCUUUUUACAGCAACUGCUUAUUCAAGAUGCCAAGGGAGAAUGAACCAGACCGAUACAUUCUGCACAGGUGGUCUUCAAGAAGUUGAGAUAUCAACACAGCAUGCCUUCGAAACAAAUGGCGUUGCCUUUACAAAAUAGUGCAGCAUUUGAAAUCAUUUGAGGACGGGAGGUUCUUUCUGGACCAGAGGACUCUGUAGCGAGUUAAUGCUUUAAAAAGCGAGAUCCAUUCACGUUAUCCAUAAAACAUGUAAGAGGCUGGUGACUUGAAUAAAACAGAAGUUAACUUGCAGGUGGGGACACGUGUUCUCUAGCUAUUACCAUGUCAGAAGAAAGGGACUGCCGCAAGUAAGGGGCGCCUAUAAAUCAAAAAAGUUACUAGAUUCUUAUCCGAUGCUCUACACCAAAUGUUUAUGAAGAGCCCAAGCAGGAUAUAACGCACUGGGCACUUAUUCUGUACAUGAAACUCCCACUCAUUCCAAAGUGGUGGGUGCAAGGUACAUGCCCAGCUCAGAGCCAGACCGUCCGCCACUCUGCAGUGCCUCUCCCAGUCUCUAAAUGGAGCAGUUGAAGAGAGAGAUCUUUAUUGCCUUCUUUUAAUGCACUGAACACAGAUACCGACAAUUGUAAGCACCUUAAUGCAAGCCUUCAAUCCUCAGCUGUAUAUACUUUUUCUGAAAAUGUUUACCUUUCUUGUUUUUGAAGUCGACUAAAACAAACCAGUUUGAAGUGUUUCCCCUCAAGUUGUGCAAUUUCCAAAAGCAACACAUGGAAAAUAUGUACUAUAUGUGUAUAUACUUUUGUACGAUGGAAAUGUUUUAAUUUGACCCUUUUUGUUUCUUUUGCAUAAUAAAAUUAUUUAUGCUAUUGUGAAUAUUAAUGACUGAAAAUGAGAAAUCAGUUCCACCGAAUGCAGUAACCUAUGUAAAAUGCUGUAGCAGUAGAUUGUGGUUUGUGGGAUUUUGUAAAAAGAAAAUUAAAACUUUUUAAAGU